UGUUAUAAAAAAGAGGUCACUUCUGCAAAGUGCUGGUCUUUCGAGCAACAAAUGCAGAUGUGAUGGAAUCUUUUCCCCCUCGGAGAUAUGUUCCGUCACCUCGUUACGUGGCAGUUCUCGGGCUGUUUUUGCUACUGCCCUGUCUGGGCCAACCAACAUGCGAACCACUGAAGAUUUCUUUAUGCCAGCGAUUUUACAGAACCACGAUAUUUCCAAACACUCUGAAUCAUACAAACCAAGAAACUGCUGCGGUUGAGUUUCAACAAUUCGCUCCUUUGAUUAAUUUGCGUUGUUCGCGGGAUAUCGCCUUGUUCCUUUGUUCCGUUUACUUUCCUGUCUGCCCCAGCGUUUUGAAGACAGCAAUUCCACCACCAUGUCGUUCGCUUUGUGACAGUGCAAGAAGUGGCUGCGAAGAGCAAAUGAGAGCCUUUGGUUUUGACUGGCCUGAAGCUUUAAACUGCGACAGAUUUCAGAAACGGGAAGAAGGGAUAUGCUACAGAGGUGAUAACGAUGGUAAGUCGAAAACUAGCCUGCGUAGCAAGCGUUUCCAACCGAGUUAUUGCGCGAAAGUUAGAGCGGAGGCAAAAAAAAAGGUUGAAGGGGGAGGGGGAGGGGAGAAGAGGAAACGCUUGCCCGCAAACCCCACGAUUCUGGAAAACGCCCCUUGAUAUUUCACGGUUCGGUUCAUUUGUAAAUUGACAGCUCGUCAAAAUAGAAACAUGACGAACAGAUUACCCCUGGAUUAACAGAUUUGUAAAAUUACUUUGUUCUCUAAUAGAAGACGUUGCUGGCGAUUGCAAGAACUGUAAUAAAAAAGAUUUACGAUAAAAGAAAGUUAAAACUGUGAGCGAUUGCUGCAGAAUUUCUUGUUUUUUAUUGUGUGGCUUUAUCUCGUCUGAAACCUUGUCGACACGUCAAAAAUGAUUUGUCCGGAACAAUUCAUUCCGCCGGGUAUAAGUUUUGCAGAGCGGCUGCUCUUCAGCCUUUGUCGAAACGUUCUCUACAAUAGAUGCCAAUAAAUUUCCAAUAAACAAAAAGAAUCUUUUCAUUUCAAAAAGCUGACAAAUCGCUUGUCCAUGGCGGCUUUAGCUAGUGUCGAGUACCCAUGUUCUGAUUUAUGUUGAUGUUAUCUCCAACAAACAGUCCAUUUUUUCCAGUCAGAUCUGCACGACGUCAUUCUCAAUAAAUUGGCUUUCCCUAGUCUCCACUGCUCGAUCUCCAAUUAUACUUUGAAGACUCUGAUCUCAUAAACCUUCGCACAAACACGAUUCAAAUAAAUAUCAGUACAAAGCAUUUGUAAUCUGCGACCACAAAUCAGAUGAGACCAGUUCUGUGACGCACGAAAACAAAGCAUACCUGGUUUGAUUGAUGUUUCCAAUGAUAAGUAAUCAACACUACACGCACCGCGCCAAUGAGAAGCUGCGUUCGUGGGCGAACGCAGUUUUCCAAAAUCGUGGGGUUUGCGGGCAAGCGGUUCCUUCAUUCCCCUCCCCCUCCCCCGUCAUUCAUUUUUUUUUGCUCUUGUCCCAGUUUUCUAGACGAACCUCGCCAGGAAACGCUUGCUACGCAUUCCCCUCCCCCUCCCCCGUCAUUCAUUUUUUUUUGCUCUUGUCCCAGUUUUCUAGACGAACCUCGCCAGGAAACGCUUGCUACGCAGGCUAGUCGAAAACCUUCGUGAAGAAGAAUUUUGUGUAACUCUGAAUUGAUAAAUCAAUACCUGAAUAAACAGGCCACACCGAUUUGAUAUACAGUAUCCCCCGGGGAUAGUCCCUUAUAUAAGCCAUUUGUAUGUGCCGCCCCAAAGGGUUGGGUUUUUGCGCCGUUUUGGCCCGGGGGGUACUGCCAUAUAUGGGCUAUAUAGGUAUUUGCCGCUGUGAAGGGUAUGGUUUUCAAGCAGUUUACUCUAGGAUAGGGUAUAUAAAUCAGAGCGUUUGGGUCUAGAAUAGGGUAUCAUUUUUUAGGAAACUGAUCAGUUGGUUGAAGAUUUUAUCUAGACUAAGGAUUUGUUUUGGCUAGACUGUGCUAGUAACCUCAGUAGUUUCUGGAAAACAGCUACUCUAGGAUAGGGGGGAUUUGGGGAGUUUACUACUCUAGCAUAGGGUAGCAAAAUUCAGCUGAACUAGCUCUGGUAUAGGUUAAGGGUUCCAGGGUCCCAGGGUCCCAGGGUCCCAGGGUCCCAGCGGCACAUCCCCACCCAGAAAUUCCUAAAGUACCCCUCCCCUGGGCGUUUUGGUCUCAAAACGGGUAUAGACUUUGCCCAUUUGGGGCUGGAAUCGGGUACGGUUCUCGAGCGAACUCGAAUGAAGUAGAAAGAAAGAGAAAUAUGAGAAUUCGAAACGGAUUUUAAGACAUCUUUUUUGGUCUUGUCCUAAUCUAAGUACUGACGAAAUAAUUUCUCAGAGGCCAGGUUUGAAAACGAGGACGAAAAUCACAUUUUUUGGUUUGAGAUAGGGUCAUGAAUUGGAGAACCGGGCGGCACACUCCCACCAAGAAUUCUCAGGAAAGCACUUGGCGCAAUUAACAAGUUAGUUAAUUCUGAAAAAAAAAUUCGACAUGUUUUCUCUUUUUCCAUCAGAACUCAAUGGAUUCCUUUUAAUCGCUAACUUACGAGAUGUAAGUCGUAUCAAGCUUGGCUCGACUGACCACGAAACAAUUAUUCCAAACCAGCGGAGUGUUGUAGGAAUAGAUUACGACUUUGAUACAGGUUUUAUCUACUGGACUGAUAAAUUCGCCCACAAAAUUCAGCGCGCAUCCGUUAGUAACAGCCGUAACGUGAAGGUGGUGUUAGACGAUGGUCUUUCUUCUCCUGAGGGGCUUGCUGUGGAUUGGGUCAAUAAAAAGCUGUAUUGGACUGAUCCGGGUACCGAUGUCAUUGGAGUAGCAGAUUUUAAUGGUAAUAGUCGAAUGAAUUUAAUCACAACAGGACUGAGUAAGCCAAGAGCCAUAGCUGUUCAUCCUUUAAUUGGGUAAGCAAGAGUAUCAGUAGGUUAAAGACAACCUCGAUCCCAUGCUCCUCUUAUUUUCGUCGCUACGUGAGAGCGCGUAGGAGAGAGUCCUGGGAACGAGGUUGGCUUACAGAAUAGGGUUUUUUUUCCAAGAGAGGAUAAUAUUCCUGCAUUUUCCCUUGGCGCAAGUAAAAACACGCGUGAAUCGCGAGACACGAGCUUUUCACCUUCUUGCGUGUCUCGGUGUCCACGCAUGUCUCUGAAAACUCUUAUACAGGGCAGCGGUUCAGACUUUGUCGAGCGCGCACCUCCUCGCUCUCUCGCACGUUUUUUUUCGCUCCUUCGCGCUCCUGAAAUUCUUUUUCUUUUUCCCUUUUGAACGUUCUCCACACAGGUUGAGUGCCAUAGUUAUAAUUUUCAACUCAUGCACUUUGAAUUCACAUCCGUUUUUGCCCUGCAGAUUCAUGUACUGGUCUGACUGGGGCACCGCGGCGAAAAUUGAAAAGUGCGGCAUGAAUGGGGACAAGUCCACUCGAAAAGUCCUCAUCGAUCGAGACAUCGUAUGGCCAAACGGAAUGACUAUAGACUAUAAAGAAGGAAGGUUGUGGUGGACAGAUGCAAGGCUCGGUACCGUAGAAUCUACAGAUCUAAAUGGCUUUGAUCGCAAAAUUACUAUACGUAGCUGGUUCGUCCGUUCCUCUUAUGGUAUAACUGUUUUUGGCGACUCUAUCUAUCUGGGAAAACGCAACCGCGGUAGAGGAGUGAUAAGAAUGGACAAAGCCACUGGCAAUAACUGGGUAAGGAUGGGUCGCAAGUUACGAGCGCCAAAAGAGAUAGCCGUGUAUCACAGACUGAGGCAGCCAGUACCACAAGGUGAGAUUAUCACUAUGAGCAAAGAUAGCCCGGUUUGCUGGGCUGUCCCACUUUACCAGGGUGGCUCGGCUAAUGCCUUACGUCCUCUUGAAAUAGUCGUUGUAUCUAUAUGAGAAGGAGGCUGGUCCGCUUAUAACAGGAUCUCGGGAAACCGGCCAGUCCUUCUUCUUAAAUACAGCUGUUUCGAGAAAGGUUGUCGGAAAAAGUGCACGCGACAAUUGCGAAAGACAUUGUGGGUGGUUUUGAGUUCUCUGUUCUUCAAAGAAAUUUGAAAGAAUUGGCACGAAAGGCCAUGAAAAUGUUUUUUCGAGUGCUAAAGGAAAGCAACAAAAGUAGGUUCGACAGCUACAGUCGUCAGGAACAGUGUAUUGAUCAUAUCCCAUAUUACCUUUCGGGAUUGUCGCGUGCACAUUUUUUCCGACAACCUUUCUCGAAAUAGCUGUAAACACAUCGACACUUUCAAGAAGAAACAACGCAGGGCCAAGCCAGCCCAGUAAAGCGGGGCAGCCCGGCUAACCGGUCUGUCGUUUCCCAUAUAAACAGGUAACCUCUUAUUCCCAAUGUCAUUUGAAGCACAUUUCGAAUCUGUCGAUGAAAUCCUAUAGUGUGACUUUUUUAAUAGAAGCUACGUAGUAAUACUUUCCUGUGUUACUGUUUAUUACACUGUGCAAGCAGGUUCUAACUUUAGAGUCUAUGGAUGAAAUCCUUAAGUGUGAUCAUUUAAAUGAAACCUACUGAGCUUGUGUUUUUUUGUGUUUUUUUGCCCUGAGAGGUUUUUCUCUGGGUACUCCGGCCUUCCCCUCUCCUCAAAAACCAACAUUUCCAAAUUUCAAUUCGAUCAGAAUUCAGGUAGACGAAGAACUGCUUUGUGGAAGUACUUCCUCUAAAUAGUUAUUUAUUUAUUAAUUUUAUCCUAUCCUAUCCUGUCCUGUCCUGUCCUGUCCUGUCCUGUCCUGUCUGUCCUGUCCUGUCCUGUCCUGUCCUGUCCUAUCCUGUCCUGUCCUGUCCUGUCCUGUCCUGUCCUGUCUUAUCUUAUCUUAUCUUAUCUUAUCUUAUCUUAUCUUAUCUUAUCUUAUCUUAUCUUAUCUUAUCUUAUCUUAUCUUAUCUUAUCUUAUUUUAUUACUUAUUUAUUUAUUUAUUUAUUUAUUUAUUUUACCUAGGCGGAAAUCCAUGCCAGCCCAAAGCAGGAUCCACAAGCUGUAGCCACAUCUGUUUAUUGGCUCCAAAAGACUCGUACCCGGAUGGUUAUUCCUGUCACUGUCCGCCAGGCCUCUUUUUGCUCUAUGAUAACAAGACAUGUGAUACCUCAGGUAACAUUAUCAUUAUCGAGAUGUAAUUCAUUCCUCAAGUCACCGAAAAGCGCGCAUUCUCGGCGAGUGAGUACUGUGCGUGCCAGUUUCUUGGGGUUAUGUCUAGGCAUGUGUCCUGGACGUAGUGAGGCCUAAAAGUAGUGCAAGAGACACGAAAUUGCUAUAGGCCAUUUCUGAGUUCCAAAAACCCUCACUUUUAAAACGAGGCUAAGUGCAAAACCUUUUUUGUGAAAAUGAGUUUACUUGCAUGCGACUGAAAAUUAUUUUCAUAUCAGUUUCGGAGGCUGUUAUACACCUACGCCCUCAAACUAUCUGGAUAAUUUCUCACACCAUGCGAAAGCCGAAUCGAGUUAUUGUUAAUUCCAUCGAAUCGAUGGUACAUUACCUAGACAUCUUCCAAAUACGGUAUGCGCCAGCUGGUUAUGAAGAAUUAUAUGAAACGGCAAACUGAUCCUUACGGCAAGGCGAUCAACUAUGUUAACUUUAAAGUUGCAUAGUUGCAUAAAGUUGCAUCCCGGCGGACAAAAAAUCCAUACAUUCACUCUUGUUUCGACCUCUUUACAACGGCCACUUUCUUCUGUCUCCAAGGUGGCCGUUGUGGAGAGGUUCAACUGUACACGAACCUUUCAAGGUUAGUGACAUUGUUAGUGCGGGUGAUGGAAAGUUCAGAACGACAUCUCUCGGUAGAAAUAGAAGAGAGUCCAUUAAACAAGCGAGGCUUAAGUUAAACCUUUUCACAUUUUCAGGAGAAGUGAUUGCUUCAUGUUAGUGCACUAUCAGUAUGAACUCCCUCAUAAAGUUCUGUUUCGCAAAGAUGACGAUCAUUAUGCGUUUCUGGGAAACUGCCCACCUACCCCUCCCCAAGCCAACAUUAACACUUCACUUAGGGCAAAACUUUGGCUUAGGGGAGGGUUAGGUGGGUAGUUUCUCAGAAGCGUAUAGCUCUAAGACUCCAUGGGUUUAGUUGCCGGGAAAAUGGGAAGUGUUGCUUUGACUAGGCAUUACUCUCUACCUAAGAGAGAAGUGCCCGCUUCUAGAGAGUUGACUAAACUCAUAAAUACUUUAUUUUAUUUGUUAACCAAUUUGUAUCUGAUGAAGAAUCUACCGAAGAAACCACCACAGUGGGAACUACUGAGGGAAUCACGACAACAAAACCCACAGAAGUGACAACAGCAACAACGGAAUCUGUUAGGACAUCAAGUAAGUCUUAAACUGUACAAAGAAUAGUCAAUUGUAUUAGCAAACGUCAAGUCACAAACCAAAAUUUGUAAUACUUACAUUUGUACCUGCCCAAAGUUAAAAGGACAGGUACGUGUUUCUCCAUUCUAGAUCUAAUAUCUCUCUGUUUUAUGGUCAACUUUAACGGUGAAUAAAAAGGUUGAGCCUUCCUAUAGACCUUUGCGUUUUGAAACUUCGCCAUGAUCCUUUCUGUUCCACGCAAAAAAUAUUCCAUGACCCCCUUAACACCGUGACUACCGCCGAAAAUAUCAAAAAGUACCUUGAAACAAGUCAGAAAAUUAAAUAAAAUGGGUCAACCUUUGCGUUCGGUCAACCCAAGGUUCUGAGAUUCGAAAGCCAUCAAAAGAUGAACUGUGUGUUGCCCCUGUAAGGUAAUCCAAGACAAACGUAUUUUCUGGAUUCUAAGCUGUGGAUUCCGGAAUCUUUGUCAGUGGAACUUGGAUUUCGAAUUCCAAACUUUAGUGGGAUUAUGGUCUCCUAGGGCUGAAUUCCGGAUUCCAAAGUCCAGGAAACGGGAUUCCACAAGCAAAAAUUUCCCGUAUAAUACCUUAGUUUGGACGAUGCGGCACGGUACUAGAAAACACGCUAGACGUCAUUUUCUUUCCUCUGAUUCCCGCUAAAAAUGCCUUACCGUGCCAAUCCUGACUUAACUAAAAUUAAUAAAUAUAAAUUUAUUUUCCACAGUUCCAAGGCUUUCGUACAGCCGCAAACAUUCUAUCAGUGUUUUAAACCUUCAAACAAAGAACUAAAGCUCUGUCGUUGAAGGUCUUCGGGAAGCAUUUGCAAUAGAUUACCAUUACUCUAAAGGACUAGUAUUUUGGACUGAUUCUGACUUGAACAAGAUCUAACGAAGCUAAACGAAUUCAGAGGGAUGACCCUUUACUGUCUUUUCUUGUUCCAACUGAUUACUUUCCCGUUAUUAGCUCCCGUGCCAUGCACAACGGAAACGCAGUUUCAGUGCAAACGAAGUAAAAUAUGUAUUUCACGCUCCUGGGUUUGCGAUUCUGAUGACGAUUGUGGAGAUGGAUCGGACGAGCAGCACUGCACCGCUCCAGCUUGUAACGAGUUUCAAUGCAAUGAAACAGGAACAUGUAUCCCAAGCAACUGGGUCUGUGAUGGCCACAGUGACUGUACAGACAUCUCGGACGAACAAGGCUGUAGAGACCCUGGAACCUGUGACAGCAGCCAGUUUCAAUGCAAGGCCAUUGGAAACUGUAUUCCGCGUCACUGGGUCUGUGAUGGUGAUGACGACUGUAGCGAUAAUUCAGACGAGUCUGACUGCUCAGCCCAUAUCCAGUGUGGACGCCACGAGUUUAGAUGCAAAUCCAGUGUGGCUCCGACGUGUAUAUCUAGUAACUGGACUUGUAAUGGCGUGGAUGAUUGUAGUGAUGGGUCGGACGAGCUUAACUGUACCGCUCGGGAAUGUCCGAUAGGCCAGUUCAAAUGUCGCCAGUCAAGGUAUGUUUAAGUGCUAAAAAAGUAAUAGUUACCUUGGGGAGCAAGGGUGACGCAGUUGUGAGAGCGCUCGCCUUCCACCAAUGUGGCCCGGGUUCAACUCCCGGCGUCGACGCAAUAUGUGGGUUGAGUUUGUUGUUGGUUCUCUCCCUUGCUCCGAGAGGUUUUUCUCAGGGUACUCCGGUUUUCCUCUCUCCUCAAAAACCAACACUUCCAAAUUUCAAUUCGAUCUGGAACGCAAGGACACGCUUAAACGAGUUCAUAUGAACUCCCUAUGUGCUUCGUGGGUAAACAAGCAAAAAAAGCAAACAAGCAAGUUACGAAUUUUCGUUCAUUUUCAAAAGAUUGGAAGUCCUAAUUUUUUGAAAGCAGGAACGGUUUCUUUCCAUCUCUGUUGGACCGAUUUUCGACUAAUUUUUCAGCCUGCAAGUAAAGAUAGAUUUCAGUAGUAUAGUAGGGAAAGCCUACCCCGUUUUGCGGUAAGAUGUUAUUAACUUGCAAUGGAAUACUUUAUCUCGGGAAUAAAAUGCCCCGUAAUCUCAUUAAGAAAAGGUCAUGUGCUUGUUUUAGUUGGUUUAACCAGUUUGACAGGUUUUCUACUUACCGUUAGGACAAAUGUCUUCUGGUUUUUUGUUGGUUAGCGUCAACAUCAAACGUUGAUGGCAUACACGGCUCUGUUCCUCCACAGAUCAUCUGGGAAAUGAAUCGAAACCUUUGUUAUUCCAACUUUCUUUUUUUACUUUUUUAGACCACUUUUUUUUUUCCUGUACGGGUGCAAAUGACACUCAACAAAACUAUCCCCUUUGCUCCAAUAAAUGUCCCUUUUUAUGCUAGUGCUUACCUAUUAUCUUCCCAUAUUUGGACCCGCCUUGGGUGCCUAGUUAAUUCAUUCCGUAAAGUUACACCGAAUAAUGUAGCGUUGGCGUUCCAUAUUAUUAGGAGGUGUAUUCUCGACAUAUGGCGAUGUGACGGCGAGUCCGAUUGUGCAGACGACUCGGAUGAAGUCGCUUGUUCCACCAGUAAGUACUUUACGCCUGUCAAAGCCUUUAACCUAAAUUCUUUAGGGACUUUAUGGGACUAUUCGAGGAAGAAACUUCUCCCUCGCGCGUUCUUUACUCGCUCGCACGUAACAUACUCACCCUCAUGACAAUUUCGAGCGACUGCAAUCCGUUUGAAGCGUAUAACACUCAGGCUUCUUACAAAUUCAUCGUUUUCUUUGCCUGGUCCCUGUGCGGUGUGUUCCCUUCCUCUUGGUCAAUGCCUGACCAAGAGCCUUAAAACGCAUAGGCCGCGAUGAAUAAUAAGGCCUAGCGACGGAGCAACGUUUGUCUCUCAAACCCGGCACUGGCUUCGAACGUUAUCGAAUAUUUUUUGUGAGUUCGAUUUAUUUCAAUGGCCGAUCCGCGAACUUCAUCGAACUCUUUCGUUCGAAGGAGUUCGAAUGAGUUCGAAAACCGAACGCUCGACGUAAUAAGCAGGGAUAAAUAUAUUUCUGUACCAUUGUUCAACAACUAAGAAGAAGAACCGAGUUAUGUGGUCAAAGGUGGAUUUUUAAUUUAAAGCUCGUAGUUAACAAAAAAGGCAAAAGCUAUUGAAAAUACACUAUCCUAUUCCCUACUAUCAGAGGUCUCUUCCUGGUAUGUUUUUAGCGAGUGUGUAGGUGUUCACGUCGAUGACAUUUGUCCAUAGUUUGGUUUGGAAUUACGCGAAUGCGGGCGACGCGAAUGACUUCGUACAUGCUAAUAACCAUGAGGGGCCCAUUUCUCGAAAGGUCAGUAGCUUUUCCUGCGCGGAAAGCUGUUUCAUGUUUACCGUCUUUGCAUUCAGAUCAAAGUUUCAAAAAUUUUUAAAAUGAUACAAUGAAACUAUCAAUUAACGAAGCAAAACUGACUAGUUUGCAAGCUAGGAAACUGUGCUACUAUUCAACAGGUUUUGAACUUAAAUUUUGUGUACCGGACCUUUCGAGAAACGAUUCCCAGGUCGGAAAGAAAUCGCUGCUAGUAGGUCUAGUAGGGUAUAUCCUAUCUCCAUCAGGAGUAACAUCUGUUACUCUUUUGCAUUUUUCACUUUGUUUUAUUACACCACAAAUAUAGAGUUUGUCUCUCUCCAUACAGGUUAACAAAUGGCCGGUGCUAUUGAUCAAGAACUACAAAUUGAGAACUGAUUAAAGCUGCGUUCAAAGGUGGCCCAAGAGCUAAAAGGUCUUAACGAAGUCACCAUCAAUUUUAGGCUUACUCUUUUUCUUUAAGAAUCAUUUAGAGUGUUAACUUUGCACUCAAUAAAGUGUAGCUUCAAAAUUUUUGUAUUUUUUACUGGUUUAACGGUUGACUUGAGCACGGAAUUGCAAACUUUCUUCUUUUGUCCUCAGAGUUCUUUAGAAUAAUUUAUGUAAAGCCUUCAAAAAAGAUGAAAACUGGAACCAGUUACCUUAAUCUAAAAAGUUGAAAACUGGUACAAGCUACCUAAUAAAAAAUGUUAUUUCAUUUUUCACUAAACAAACAUUACUUUAGAUACAUGAAGAGUAUGUCAUUAAAAUUUUUAUUGGAUGAAGCUUAACGGAUAUUGCGAUUGUAGAAUUGUUAUAAUAAUCUUCACUUCACCGUGUCAAAAACAUGUCGUUAUAUGACUUAUAUGGAAAACUAACUCUAUCAAGAAAAAUAUUUCUUUUACUUCUAGCGGCAGUACUGCUUCGUAUCUACCUAGAGUAUGAAAGGAGUCAAGAGAGUUGUAGGUCACUCGUUAAGGACAACAAUAAUUCUACUGAGUGUCGUAUUAAUGCCAGCGAAAAUGCCGUUUACCAACAAAAGAAAAUUUUUCUCGCUUUCUUCUAUUGGGAACAAUUAACAAUGGCGACGAAUAAUCUUCUUCAACUUACAGCCCUCGCUGUGCCAGGAGGGCGACAAGUUGUUGCUCCAUUUGUGAAAGAUUCUCUGUUUCACGGAGUGCCGACCUCACACGGACACCAUACGCUUGGACUUUAUUACAACGUUACUGCUCUAAAUGAAUCGCUUGGUUUGCACGGUCAUGGUACUUUAAUAAACUGGGACGGGUUUCAAGACGUCUGCAAGGGAAAACUGGAUGUUUUAGUAUAUUUUCAUUAUAGAAAUCUAACGAACUCCACGACAAACAACCUUUCUACGUCGUACAAUCCUUGCAAACUUGACCACAAAAACGUUCUUCUUGGCAUCAAGAUCGGCAGAAAGAUUUGUGUCAAUGCUAAUGCCUUCAAUUCAGUUCAAAGAUUUGAAGACGAAAUGGUUAAGAGGCUCCCGUGUGUUGGUAUUUUUGAAUGGCGAGGAGCAAGAAAAACGAACCCCAAAAGAACACAUUUUGAUAUUGAGUCAAAAGUAGAAAAGCUCCUGUCUUAUCGCGACAUGAACGCUUUCUUCAGUGCAAAACUUGCUCGCGUAGCUCGAGAUUUCAUUGCGCAAAAUCUCACUUCAAACUUUAUCUCCGUACACAUUCGCACGGAAAAGAUUUUAUCUGAUGGAGGAAAUAUUUCCACUAUCAGAAGGUGUUUAGUAAAGUUGAGGAAGAGAUUUCAUGGUAUUAUUCAAGUAGCUGCUGUUCCUCCUACAAUAUUUUUGGCCGUUGAUUUCACAAAGUUUGGCUCCUCCUCAAAAACUGUGAAACCAGCUCGAAAACAUGCCAAAUCCUUCAUCAAAAUACUCCUUCCGCUAAAGUCCAUUAGUUUUCAACCAUCAGAAUACAAGAUUGUUGAUCGAGGAGCCGUAGCCAUUGUGGAAAUGAACAUUCUAGCAUCAGGGAGGCGCUUAUUUCUUCUUGGAGGUGGGUCAUUUCAAAAUUGGAUGACGACGCAAUUUCGCACCAGGAAUAAAAAUGAACAAAGUAAAGUAGAACGCAUCGUUUGUUAACCGUUUGAAAACAUUUUUCUUAUUUUAAAAAAUAAAUGCAGCCAGCAAAGCCGGGGUAAACAGUUGGAAUUUUAUAUUGAUAUUGGACGCUUGUAAUAGUGGAUCGUGAUCCCACAAAGGGUGCCAAAGAGUCUCAGCUUGCUGGAACGCGCGAGUGAUCUUCCGACACUAGUGACAUAGUCUCAUGAACCGGCAAAAAUUACCUUGCUGACAUUUAAAGUAUAUCAUUGCAAUUUUAAUUAGAUUACCAAGCACAAUAAGGAGCAGUAUCAGUGCUGGGUCCAGACCUUGAGAUAAGGGGAGGGGCUAGUCAUCCAGACCCUUUGAUAAGGGGGGGGCCUCCCCCCUCCCCUGGAUCCGCCACUGAGUAUAAAGUAGAACGCCUUAUAGUUUGUUAGCCGCGGCACUGCAUAAAGAAGAGUCGAAAUAUUAACUGAAAGUCAAUUUUCCUGUGUUUCAGAAAGCGUAGUGUUUAAAGCGUAAAUAAAAAGUUUACUUAUCACCAUAAUGCGUUCUUUUGAUGGCUUUUUGAUGUUGUUGGACUUUAUCUUGGACCAAAGUCUCCCCCUUUUUCUUCGAUGUCCUCAGCUAGGACAGAGUUGGUGUCUGCUACUGCACCAAUGAUAAUCGUUUUCUUUAAAUUGAACUCUUGGAAUAGGAAUCUUCACUAAAUCCUGUUCACUUGAUGAAACAAGGCUUGGUUGUGUUUUAAUCUAAAAUAGGCAGAAUGUCUGCCAAUGGUCGAAUCAUUUUCGGAUCAGGGCCCGUUGCUUAAUCGGACGAGUGCUAAGCCUUUUGUGUUGAAGGCGGUUUCAGUAUCUCUGGCUCCGGUGCACUGCCUGAGUGCUGGAAAGUGGUCGGUACAUUUUUGUAUGGGCUCGAUUCACGAUCGACCGUUCGCUGAGUAGUACCGACUUUCCAUGUUGAGGGUAGUGGUAUUGGUGUCCGCAACUGACGCUGAAAAUUUUGGACCGAUUUGCGUCAUGCUUGAUAGUCCUUUGGGUAACGGUCUUGUUCCCAGAGGUUGUUAAUCUAGGAAUUGAUGGCGUUUUUGGCACCAAUGGAUUCUGCAAUGUUUGAUUGCUUGUCAGGGAUCGAGCAUGAUCGUGUCACUGUCUUGCAGACGGCUUGUGCACCUUUUGGUGUUGAUACUGCGUUUGCAAUUGGAGUCAUUUCUUUAUUCGUGCAGAAGGAACUCCCGGCAUGGCUAGUUUCAUCCUUGUCUUUGCCGGCAUGUGUUGAAGUACAUACAUGCAUUCAUACAUAAACUAUAUUUUAACUCAAAUUUACAGAUCGAUUGAGCUAAUAUUUCCGAGCAAAGUAAAAAUAAAACUUAUUGAAAAAUAUUAAUUUUUAAAAGUUAUUAAAACUUUUAAAAGUAAUUCUAAUGAAAAUUCAAAGUUCUUCAAGGGAUUUUUAAAAUCAUCGAUUGAUAUUAUUUGUCUCAUGUCGUCUUUAAGUGAGUUCCAGAGCUUUGCAGCUUCGCACUUGAUGGACUUGAGUCUAUAAGUGGUUGUCAAAGUUUCAGGUAAGCUUAGUACAUGAUUCCCUCUAAAAAAAUAUUUGUAGCUUCAAAGAGAGAAGAGUUUCUUAAGAUAUCUCUCCCUUGUCUUUGAUCAGCCCUCCGUUCCCUUCCAGUAAUGUCCUUUGCUUGCUUAGAUUUCUUUGAGUGAAGAAACGGACGAUAAGUAUUCCAAAAGUCAUUGGAGUUUGGUCUUUCCGAUUUAUUGAGAAAAUACGCCUUGGCUGCCUUUCGUCUCAGCGAAGUAGUAUCAUGAUUGUCUGGGUUAGAGAGUAGUCCUGUAUAAGACUUUCGUUGACAUUUGACCGACUUUUUGACAGCCGGUGUGGAAGUCAUCGUGAGAGUCAAAUUGAGAUGCAUAUCAUAACUUGCUAUUGCCCUGAUUGGUCAACUAUGUUUAAAGUUUAUAUUUGUUCCCGAUAUUGGUCGCUUCUAUUUUUUGCUAUAAAGAUUCUAAAUGUGAGUGGCGCGUUUCGAUCUGUCUUUUCCCAUCGAUCAUUUUAAUGUUACUCAGCUUGUGGGUUUUUUUGUGUGUCCAUUCACUCUGUCGUUUUCUGUUUUGCUUGAGUUCGUCACUAACGUCUUUAAAGUACAACAGUUUUAAGCGUGUGCGUGAUCCGUUUUCGACUUUAACGAUUUUUAAGUAGGUAGCUAAGAGCAGACCAAUCUCAUGAACAAAUAUUACCUUGUUAACAUGCAAAGUUAAGUAUGUCCGGCAUGGAAUAUUUUUUCGAUAACUCUUAAUUUAUAACAGAUGUUGCAGACUGUUGCACGUUCCUUUAAAAACUGUAAUCUUAGCUUGACCGUUUCAAAAAAUGUCGUUUUAUAGGCAACCACUGAAUGAGUUUCUAUCGAGGACAAUACUUUUUUUGUUCAUAGCAACAGUGGUGCUUUGUAUAUACCAAGGAUACGAAAUUCAGGUGUUACUCAAGCCACAAAUCGACGACAACAACAGCCCCAUCAUCGAGCGAUUACACUCCUUUGAUUCCAGUGAAGUUGAAAGUGCUGUUCACCGACGAAAGAAAAUUUUUAUUGCUUUCUUCUAUUGGGAACAAUUAACAAUGGCAACGAAUAAUCUUCUUCAUCUUUCAGCUCUCGCUGCCCAAGGAGGGCGCCAAGUUGUGGUUCCUUUUGUGAAAGAUUCUUUCUUUCGAGGUGCACCACAGUCGCAGAGAAAACGGCAGAACCAUAAAUUUGGACUUUAUUACGACGUCACUGCACUCAAUGAAUCGCUUCGUUUACACGGCUAUGGAACUUUAAUAAACUGGGAGGGGUUUCAAGACGUCUGCAAGGGAAAACUGGAUGUUUUAGUAUAUUUUCAUUAUAAAAAUCUAACGAACUCCACGAGCAACAACCUUUCUACCUCAUACGAUCCUUGCAAGCUUAACCAGAAACAGGUUUUUCUUGGCAUCAAGAUUGGCAGGAAAAUUUGUGUUAAUGCUCAUGUUUUCGAUUCUGUUCAGAGAUUUGAAGACGAAAUAGUUGAAAAGCUUCCUUGUGUUGGUAUUAUGCGAUGGAGAGGAACAAGCAAAACUGAACCCUUUAGAACGCAUUUUAAUAUUGAGUCAUUAGUAGACAAAGUUCUGUCUUAUCUAGACAUGAGCGCUUUUUUUAGUGCAAAACUUCUUCGCAUAGCUCAAGAUUUUAUAGCGCAGCAUCUCAUUUCAAACUUUAUCUCCGUACAUGUUCGCACAGAACAGAUUUUAGUGUCAGGAGGAAAUAUUUCCACAGUCAAAAGAUGUUUAUUUAAGUUGAGGAAGAGACUUCAGAGUAUUAAUCAAUUAGCAACUGUUCAGAAUCCUCCAGUAUUUUUGGCGGCUGAUUUCACAAAGUUUGGGUCUUCCUCAGCAACUGUGAAACCAGCUCGAAAACAUGCCAAAUCCUUUAUGAAAAUACUACUCCCCUUAAGGCCGAUUGUUUUUCAACCCUCAGAAUACAAGAUUGUUGAUCGAGGAGCAGCGGCCAUCGUGGAAAUGAAUAUUCUUGCAUCAGGAAGGCUCUUAUUUGUUCUCGGAGGUGGGUCAUUUCAACUUUGGAUAACGAAGCAAUUUCUUACCAAGAAUUACAAUGAGCAGAGUAAAGUAGAACCCAUCGUUUGUUAACCGUUUGAAAACAUUAUUCUUAUUUUAAAAAAUGAAUGUAACCUGGUAUCUAAUGACCAGCAAAGAGUAAAAUGUGGAAUUUCAUAUUGGACACUUUCUCUCAAAAGGUGCCAAAGAGUCUAAGCUUACUGGAACGCGUGAGUGAUCUUCCACCUCUAGCGACAUAAUCCCAUGAACAGGCAAAUAUUACCUUAUUGACAUAUAAAGUAUCAUUGCAAUUUUGAUUAGAUGCCGCUUAAAGUAUGUUGUCGCAGUCAAUUCUACAGCGUCUGAUAACUGCACUCUUAAAUUGUGGCUGUGUCCAAAAAAAAUGUCUUUCUAUAGGCAAGCACUGAAGUUCCUUUCAAAAAAAAAACUUCUUUUACUUCUUACAGCAGUGGUACUUUCUAUCUACCUGGGUUAUGAGCGUCGGUAUAAUAGCAGACCUUUAGUUAAGGAUAACAACGGUUUUAUAGAUAUUUACAGGGGACUGCGAUCACCACACAGCAUCACUGAGCGAUUACAGUCCACUUAUGCCGGUGAGGCUGAAAGUUCCGUUUACCGACGUCAAAAACUUUUUCUCGCUUUCUACUAUUGGGAGCAAUUAACAAUGGCAACAAAUAACUUUCUUAAUCUUACAGCCCUCGCUGCCCAAGGAGGUCGCCAAGUUGUUGUUCCAUUUGUGAAAGAUUCUCAUUUUCGCGGUGUACCAACCUCUCAGAGACGCAACCAGACACACAAUACGCUUGCACUUUACUACAACGUUUCUGCACUUAAUGAAACGCUUCAUUUACACGGUUAUGGAACUUUAAUAACCUGGGAAGGUUUUCAAGAUGUUUGUAAAGGAAAAGUGGAUGUUUUGGUGUGUUUUUAUUACACAAAGCUAACAAGCUCCACGACCAACCUCUCUACGUCUUGCGCUCCCUGCAAGCUUAACAACAAAAACGUUUUACUUGGCAUCAAGAUCGGCAGAAGAAUUUGUGUCAACGCUAAUUCCCUCAAUUCAGUUCAGAUAUUUGAAAGCGAAGUAGUUAAAAAUCUACCGUGUGUUGCUAUCAGGGAAUGGAGAGGGAUAACGACAACAAUAACAGCCAAAAGAACACAUUUUGAUAUUGAGUCAAAAUUAGACAAAGUAUUGACGUCUCAAGACAUGAGCGUUUUUUUCAGUGCAAAACUUCUUCGCGUAGCUCGAGAUUUCAUUGCGCAAAAACUCACUUCAAACUUUAUCUCCGUACAUAUUCGCACAGAAAAGAUUUUAUCUGCUGGAGGAAAUAUUUCCGCUAUCAAAAGGUGUUUAUUUAAUUUGAGGAAGAGACUUCAGAAUACUAUUCAAGUAGCAAUUGUUCCUCCUCCAAUAUUUUUGGCUACUGAUUUCACAGCCUUUGGGUCUUCCUCAGAAAAAGCAAUACGAGCUCGGAAAUAUGCCAAAUCCUUCAUUGAAAUACUGCUUCCUCUAAGGCCCAUUGUUUUUCGACCACCAGAAUACAAGAUUGUUGAUGGAGGAGCCGUAGCCAUUGUGGAAAUGAAUAUUUUAGCAUCAGGGAGGCGCUUAUUUGUUCUCGGAGGUGGGUCAUUUCAACUUUGGAUAACGAAUCAGUUUCUUACCAAGAGCAACAAUGAUCGGAGUAAAGUAGAACGCAUCGUUUGUUAACCGCAGACCGCCUUACAGAAAAAUGACAAUGCACAGUGCCCGACUGCUCUCACAUGUCAACGGUUGUGCUAAUAAAAACGUCCGUAAAAUCUGAUUAAGCGUCCUUUAAAACUGUUUUGCUUUCAUGUAAUUGAAAGCAAUUUUUCUUACAAGCGACUUGCUUAUCCGGAUGAUAAUAGACGGUGAGCAGUCGCUUUCUCCAGACAAGUCUCUUUCUCCAGAAUUAGUGCAUGAGGGGAGUGUAUGCGCACGCGAGCAUCGAGCAGCACAUUCUCGUCCCCAGAGCCACUCGGCUUAAUUUGUAACCGACCUCGUUUCCCCACCACGUGACCAAGAAACGACGGGCUCUGGGGACGAGAAUGCGAGCAGCAAAGCCGCGAGGUGCGAGAAACGAGAGAUGCGCAAUCUUUCACACAAUGCUUCUAUGAAAUUUACGCACGAAACUUUCACGCGCAUACGCUGGGAAAUUUACGCGACCUUGCACCCCCUCCCUUCUUCGACACUCAUCAGUUUCGUCUGUUUGCCACCAGUCUUCCUAUAGACUUUCUAUCCAGAGACAGAAAAAUAUAAAGCCAAGCCGGUCGCCUUAACGCAACAGGAUUUUCUAAGGUAUCGUCGUUAAUUAGCUAUAGAAUAAUUUCCAGGUCUGUGAAAACGAACCGGUACUCGUAACAGGAGACAGAGGAGAUAAAGUAGCCUAUACCAAUUUCAGGACUGAAGCACACGUAGCAACUCCGCGGAAACUCAGCAGUGUGGCCAGUACCUUACGCAUGCGCACAACCAUCAUCCUGGCAGUGUCAGCCAUGAACAGCCAAGGACGUUUCGCCCUCAUCGGGGCUCAUCAGGAUGGCAUAGACGUUGGGUCAAUGAACGGGCGAACCCGUCUCUCAAAGACCCUUUACUGUGCGCAUGCGUAAGGUACUGGCCGUAUCGCAAAAUUGAUAUGCAGGUGGCUCAAUUCAAAAUUGGAUGACGACCCAUUUUCUUGCGAAGAAAAAGAAUGAACAGAAGAACGUAGAACGCUUUGUUUGUUGGCCGCAGACAACCGUGAUACAAAGAAGAGCUGGAAUAUUAACUGAAAAUUAAGUUUGCCAAGUUUCAGACCCUUGAUGCUAUUGAGGUCUUGAAAGUGCCGCUUAUCAACAAAAGAAACUUUUCCUUGCUUUAAGUGUAUCGUGCAUCGCAGCACAUGAGGUCGCACAUCGCAAAGAGUCUAAUGUCAAGUUGUAGCGAUAAAAGGAAAAGAAACCCAAAUUUUGUUUGAAAAUUUUUCUAGUUUUUCUCGGUUCUGGUUAAGCGAUUAACUUGAGUACGGAAUACAUAACAAAACCUCCUGUUUGUUUUCUUGCCACUCUAAUUUAAAUUCUUGAAAAUUGCUACAAGCCAACUUAAUUGGAAAAAGCUGAAAAUUUGCACCAGCCACCUUUAUAAUUAAUUAAUUUGGAUAUUAUAUCUACUUUACUGUGCUAAAAUAUUCCUCAUAAUUAAAAGUUAAAAAAAACCAUUGAAAAGGAGACGUUCAACGUUCAACUAUUGCCAUUAUCAGUCAAAAAAUUUGUAUGUUGCAAACACAUAACCUCAAUACAACGCAAAACAAUUUAAUAUCAUUGAAAUGAAUGGUUUACAUAUAAACAAAUGUAGUCUCAGUAUGGAUAUUUGUUCAUCCCAAAAAUGGAUCUACAAGUUUGUCAUAGUAUAAACCAUUGAAGACAAUAACGGAACGUCUAUGACAAUCUUUUUCAGGGGAGAAAAGGAAUGACCGGUUCUUUCGAAAAAAUGAACCGCCGCUUGUGUAGGUGGCCCCCCUUGUCAUAUUAAAUGAACUUUCCCUUAUCAGUCAAAAAAAUUUGUAAUACACAUAACCUCCUAUAUAAUUGAAAUGAAAAUAUCUAUUUUAUUUAUAGAGCAAUGCUGCUUCGUAUCUACCUCAGAGGAAAUGAGAGUCAAGAGAUUACAAGGCCGUUAAUGACGGACAUCAAGAACAGUUCUUUAGGUAUUUACAGGGACCUAAAAUCGCGACACAGCAUCACCGAGCAAUCCCUUAAUACCAGUAAGGUUGAAAGUGCUGUUUACCAACAAAAGAAAAUUUUUUCUCGCUUUCCACUAUUGGGAGCAACUAACGAUGGCAACGAAUAAAUUUCUUCAUCUCACAGCCCUCGCUGUCCAAGGAGGGCGAGAAGUUGUUGUUCCAUUUGUAAAAGAUUCCCAGUUUCUCGGAGUACCGACCUUGCACAGACGCCAGCUAUACAAUACGCUCAGUGGACUUUAUUACAACGUUACUGCUCUAAAUGAAUCGCUUAAGACGUCUGCAAGGGAAAACUGGAUGUUCUGAUAUAUUUUUAUUACUCAAAGCUAUCGAGUUCCACGUACGCUGCUUGCAAUCUUAACCACAAAAAGGUUUUUGUUGACAUCAAGAUUGGGAGAAGAAUUUGUGUUGAUGCUAGUGCCUUUAAAUCAGUUCAAAGAUUUGAAGAAGAAAAAGUUAAGAGGCUCCCGUGUGUUGGUAUUUUUGAAUGGCAAGGAGUAAUUAAAACGAACCCCAAAAGAACACAUUUUGAUAUUGAGUCAAAAGUUGAAAGGCUCCUGUCUUUUCACGACAUGGGCGCUUUCUUUAGUGCAAAACUUCUUCGCGUAGCCCGAGAUUUCAUUGAGCAACAUCUCACUUCAAACUUUAUCUCCGUACACAUUCGCACAGCUGAAAAAUUUUAUGUGCUGGAGGAAAUAUUUCCACAGUCGAGAGGUGUUUUUUUAGAUUGAGGAAGAGACUUCAGAGAAAGGUUUGUGCGUACAUUUCUCAUUUUCAUACUCCACUGUACUAUCUAACUUAUGCCAAAAAACAACAAUGGCCGACUUCGAUAAAAAUCGAUAAUAUCGAUUUGACAUACCAAUUUAGUUUAUCGAUUUUCACCGAUUUCCGUUACCAAUCGAUAAAAUCACUUGAUUGCUACCAUUUUUUAUCGAUACCGAUUUUUAUCGAUUGUCUACUCAAGGUAUAGACAUGCAAUUGGGAUCAUUACACGUUUCUGGAAAACUGCCUACCUACCCCUCCCGAAGCCAACAUCAACACUUACUUCUUACUUAGGGCAAAAUGUUUACUUAGUGCAGGGGUAGGUAGCCUGCGAGCAAGCUCUCCUAUUUGGGCAAGCGAAGCGAGCCUCGCUUCUCUCCUUUCCUCUGCCCCUCGCGGCUUCGCCGCUCGCUCGCGCGUUCUCGCGAGACUCGUUUCACUCGCCCAAAUAGGAGAGCUUGCUCGCAGGCUAAGGUAGGUUAGCCUGUGAACAGGCUCUCUGUUUGCACAGGCUAGGGUAGGUAGGCAGUUUCCCAGAAACGUAUUAUUGUUGUGCAUUGGACUUAAUUCUUCCGUUUAUUCGGCAAAAAUAGCAAGUUUAAGCACCUCUAUGUGCCCACCUCGGAUAGAAGAGUUUCCGUUUCCAGCAGUGCAUCAUCAUAUUAAGAUGGGAAGACCAAUAUCGAAUGUCUCUAACUGUCACGUACACGUAUUCUGGUUGUAUAUGGCAUUUAUUGUCUUUUGAAGAACAGUUGUCUGAAAAAGAUAAGUACUUUGUCGUAUUAGAUUGAGUAGCUACAAUAAGUCUUCUCCUGUCAGAAGAUCAGUUACGUCGAUCUCCGAAUUCAGAGCAAAAACGGUAAUUAUUGAAACAAUUGUACUUUCUUUUUGUUGAUAAGUGUAGCCUUGGGAAUUUUGUUUUAUUGUUCUUAAAGACCUUUAGCCGAGCGGGAUUUUUGCCAACUUUAAAGUCACAAAGCAAGUUCCUACAGAUUCCUUAUUGAAAAGUUAGAAAUAUUUGAAAUUAUCUAGAAUUAUAGUAAUCAGUGGAUUGGAGCUUUGCCUACAUGAGUCAAUCAUGAUGGUCGGUAGACGGGUGUGUUAGAAUUGAUAGGAAAUGGUCAAAAAUACAGGAACUGCGGUGGGGAUGAUCUGAAACCCGAAAUGGGUGAGCAUAUAUACAGGGUACUUCCUAAAAUGGGCGCCUAUAUGGGGAGGCUCCACACGAAAAGGUUUAAGGUUUAUAAAAGGGUAGGGAUUUCACGGAGGGUAAGGAAAUCUGUUAUUUCAGUAUUUAUAAUGCGGCCCUAAAGAGAAGAAGGCGUUUAUAGCUGAGAAGUGGAAAAGUAAUUCCUGGUUUAGCGAUUGAUUCAUAUCUAAAAGGCAUUGAAUUUACAGCAACUAAAAGGGAUGCAGCGUUCAAAAUUAGUAAGAAAGGGGUACCAGUUCAGAGCAUUUCCACUUUUGGAAGUGUUUUCCUAGCCUUGAUUUUUAAGGGGUGGGAUGGGGAUCUUAAUUUUCCGCCUAUUUCAACUCCACCGUGCAGGGAAAAACGUUUGCAAAAAAUUACCACCUACAACUUUAGGACAAUUGGAGAAUUAAUCAAACGAACAAAUAUACACUCUUUUUUACGCGUGCUGUAUCUCACUACUAAUUCGAACCAUGACCUUAAAGAUGUACUGCACCUGUGUACCGUUCUUGCUUUUGUAUGCAUCAAUGAAUGGUCACGAAAUCUUCACUAAUGCGGCUUGGAAAAAUAGCUCGAAAAUGCAAUAGUUUCCUAUGUUCUUCCUGUUAUUUUGUAAAACGAAACCAAUCUCAAGAUAAAAAGAUGUUAAAUUUUGGUUUCCAAACUAGUAUUUGUUUCUAUCAUGAUUUGAGGUUAGUUGGCGCCACCUAAAAUUCGUUUUCCAUGUUGAGCAUACACAAUGAGCCAGACGACAGAAAUAAUUAUGACCAUGUUAGAAAUGAACAAAUAAAAAAAAAAAAAAGAAAUAAAAAUAUUUAGUUUAGGAAAACCUCUAACGCAAGACUUUUCUUUUAAACCUUUUAGAAUUAAUGCUGUUCGAGUUGAGAAGAAAACAAAACAAAACAAGCAUGCAAAUGUGAAAACUUGGACUAUAAUGCAUGCAACUCGCCAUUACUAGUCUUUCUUACUGUUUUAUAAGGUUCUUAAGGUUUUGACUACAAAGAAAAACGUCUUUAAAAAAACAAUUGAAUAAUGUAUAUUGGCAAGGUGAGGUGCUGAAAUGAGCUAUGGUCAUUUUUUGCGAAAAUGUGCAGGGUGAAGUUAACAUAGCGGACAUCGAUAUCGGCCCUUACAGGAAAAUAUGGAAAAGAAUAAAAAAAAGUCACGCAAAAUAGCAGUAGUAUUCCACCUAACGUUUUCAUAUAAAAACCGUUGAAGAUAGUUAGAGGGACGUUAAAUACAUAAUCGCACUGCUAUUGCUAUUACUGUGGCUGGCUUAAUGCUUAAAAAUUUCACAAAAAUUUGAGUAAAUAAACCUCUUAAACACUGGUGUUUUUCCCCUAUUCAUGAAAAGUGUGCAUGACUCGGCUUGUAUCUGACAAUUUUUUGGUCAUCUUCCAACACUGUAUUCGAUUAAAGGACAUUUCUUUUACCAAGGUCACCCGGCCAGCCCAGUAAAUAUAACCUUAAUUAAUCCCUAACAGGUCCUUUACACAUUAUAUAUGUAGCGGAAAAGAGCGAGCGAACAGAACUGGGCUCCCUGUUGCAGGUUCCAACUCCGGAUAGAAAGUGUGACAUUUCACAUUGGUUCUUCGUGGUACGGUAACGUGAGCAACAAAAUUUCUCGGAUGAAAAGAUCACCAAUUUUCUUAGCUAUGGGGCUCCGUUCGUGCGCUCUUCUCCGCGACUGUUAUGUUUAAAAGACCUGUUAGGGAUUAAUUAAGGUUAUAUUUACUAGGCUGGCGAGCCAGAAAGUUCAUCACGUGAUUUACAAAUGCAAUAAGUUUAUUACUUUCGGAAGGAUUUUACUAAACCCGUGAAACAGUAUGUAACAAUUAGUGCCAAAUAGUUAUCACUAAACAGAAGAAAACAAUGAAAUUAGAGAGUAAUUUUCGUCAGUAAAAUCACUUUAACACUAUUUUAUCUAUUAAACUGAUUGUUUUCUUUUUUGUUUACUAGUAACUAUUUGGACCUUUUUUAGAUAUUGUCGAUACUGCUUCACGACGGCUAAGUUAAGUAAAAACACUAAUUGCUUGUGUCAAUCAAAAGUGAAAAUGAUAUGCAAACAGUUCAAAACUCUUACUUAAUAAAAGUACUGUUUUCAUCGGAGAGAUUUAAGCUUAAAUGGCGAGAAAUACAAAAAUUUCAAAAUUCAGUGUUAAAAUUCCACCUCUCCACAUAAUUGCAGGGACAUUGCAUAAAAUAAAUUAAAGGAAAAAUAACUCAUGCACUUGGAUUUUUAUCUGGACAGUUAUGCUUUGGAAUACAUAGGAUAUAUAUUUAUACUUACUUCAAACUUUUAAUCAGUACUCUUCUGAAGAGUGGACGUUUUGCAAUUUGACAAAAUUAUGAACGUAUGACUGGGGUUAUGGGCUCCUCGUGCUCAUGAAUAAUCCUCUAUAAACCUUCGUUAAUAUUGCGUAACGUUUUUCAAAAAAGUUAGUUGCACAACUUAAAUGAACGUAUGUAAUUUAUUACCAAAUAAACCAAGACUAACAAGUGCGAUGAAUAAUUUUACCAUGAUGGAACUAAACAAUUUAAAGAAAAUAAACUGAAAAUAACAAAACAUGUUUAUAGAUUUCAUGAUAUUAUGAACCUUGAGGGAUGCACAAGAGCAGGAAAUUAAUAUUCAUAUGUUCCUGCCAGAACGGCGCCAACGGUUAAAGGGCCCUCGUGUUUAAUAACGUUUUCACGAGCUCACGAGAGCUAAUAAAAAUCGAGCAAACCAACUGAAAUAUUAUGUAGGACAUUUCUUUAACAGCUGAGCCAACAGAACUUUUAAAAAUCUACCUAGUUGUCAAGACACGCCCCUAUAACUCCCACAGUAAACCAAACAUUGAGACCUUUGGUUUUAAAUCUUCGUUUUAAGAUCAGAAAACCUGUAACUGAAAAAGGGUAAAUUUGAGAAAGAACAACUGUAUGCAUGUCGUGGAACUUAGUUUUGGACCUUUGACUGCUUGUUGUUAACGGUGAGAGAAUUCAAGUUUUUAGUUUGAAAAAGGGUAAUUCUAAAAUUAUAUAUAUUUUCAGCAGACGAAGUUUCAUUAAACAAUUACUGAGUUUGACCGAGGGUAUCAGUUAUAAGUCGCCUGAGGAAUAAUUCGAAAAUUUUGCGAACUUAACAUAAAUAUCUCCAUAUCAAGGCAUAGAUUUUCGCGAAAUAGAUUGGAUUGACCAAAAAAAGGGAAUAUUUGUUUUACUCAUCUCUGAUUCUCAAAAUAUAAAGUUAUAACUGGAUAAUUUCCGAUGAAAAGUGAAGUUUUCCCUGAUCCAAAAAUAGGUCGAACAUUUCCGACAUUUUUAAUGAGUGAGAGAUGGAGUGUUUAGAUAAGAGAGAAAAAAGACACGUUCGGAUACUGUAAAAAUGACUAAGACUGGUUCCAUUUAUUACUUCACUAUCCUAUUUGUUUAUUCUUGCAUUUAACUGUCAAGCGUCCAAACGUCUUUGCCAUUUCUUUUAACCGAUUUAAACUUAAUGCUCUUCCCACUCGAGAUAAAUUAAUUCAGGAACGUGAGUUGCCUUUCAUUCAGAUAAGAUUCCAUUGUUAUCCAAAUCAGGCGUCUUUGCAUAUUUUAACCAGCACAUGGUCGAUGUGCUAAGUCUGUUCGUGGAGCAUGAAAGCAAAUAUUCGAGGAUUUUUCAAAGACAUUUAACAGGAAUAUGAUGCCUCAAUGAUCACCAAAAACACGAGUGUUUCUGCGUUUAAGAAGACAGAGCAGAAAAAAAGAACUCUCUCAUUUAACGUGGGAUCACAAUUUCGAGUUUGCUUCUACCUGUUUGCUUGUGUGGACACCGACUUCAUCAACACCUACGAAAAGUCAAAGGGGAAGGUUUGAACCAUUAUCUUUAAUCUUUUUUUGAUUUUCUGACUUUUUAGGCAUCUUUGAUAAUGUACGCAUAAUUCGUGAAGUAGAAAACUCCGGAUGAUGUGAAAGUCAGUUAAACCUCUGUUCUUUAAGAGUAUUAAAAAUCUGCGUUCAUUCAUGCAACCAGACAUAAAACUACAAUGGGUGUUUCGUUGAGUAGCGUGGUGCCCGAACAUGUUUUUCCUUAUCAAUAUCUCCCACCUCAAAUGUCAUUUACGGAAUGCUAUUCCGGUAAAAUGAUUGCGUCAUACGUAUUAUACCGGCCCGGGAUUGGCGUGUGGAAGAAUUAUUGCACACUCAGAAGAACGCUAUUACGUUUCAGGUCUUUUAAAUAAGUUCAAUCGAAUCAUCUGAAAGAGCCUGAUCAAAAUUUCGGCAGUAAAACUGCGAAUUUGCCAUAUUUCGGAGGUUGAACCACGACUUGUCGAGCGAUAGAGUCGUAUUUUUUGGUAGGAUUUCUAAUAUUCCGGUAAAGCACGUGACAGCUCACUGAUUAGCCACGUUCCAAUUCUAGCAAGCAGUCUCAUUGCGGUGUCUCGCUGUAAAUUUGUUAUAAAGGUACGUAUCUUGUUCUAUUAACACUUACUUAAACCUAGAUCAUCUAUAAAGUUAUCUUUGACUUGAUCUUUUUCUAUAAAUAGCUCCUAACCGCUUUACUUUUCAUUCAUCUCGGAAUACAUGUCUUCUGUCAUUCAGUUGAUUUAGAACCCGCGUGGAAUAAAACGCUUAAACCUUAAACAUUUCCGUAGAAAAUGUUAAUGUUUUAUUCGGUAAAUAUCUCUCAAACCAAUCCGCUCAAGGCAUUUAAUUCUACUUCGUUGUAAGGAGUAUGAAACAGAUGAAAGCUGAUUGAAAGUUGAUGUUUGACUUCCUGGGACCUAUUUAAGCCCUAGAUUUGUAUUGUACAAUCAUAAUUUAAGCAUAACCUUAUAUGUCAAGACAUAUAAUAAGAAAUAUUUUGAGGUAGGAUAGUUAAGUUUUAUUUAAAUAUCUCAAGCUUCUUUAAAACUUUUCUUUCGAUUUAUGGGGCUAAAUUAUUUAAUGGUUUAAUGGUGUUUUAUUUUAUUACUAUUUUGCUAUUGACGGUUUAAAUCUUCUACGGAAAUGUACCUGAAAUUUUAACUGUACCUGGGAAGUUGAACUAAAAAUACCAAAAAACUGCCGGAGUGAUAUUUUUUUAAUGACAGCUUCCUCAGGGGUAAUGUAAUUUCAGCUUUGGCCAUGAAUCAGUGGAAUCUGAAAGGGAACAUCCUCUUUCUUGCUUCACUUUUUUUCAACACCGAUGUUGAUAAUAUACAUUUUAAUACUACGUGUGCUGUGAUGUGAUUAUAUAGCCGUACAUUGCAAUUCAUGAAUAAUUAUGCGUUAUAAAUCUGUUUAUUAAGGUCAACUGGCAGGUAGCAUGAUUUACUACUACCUUGAGCCUUACACUACAGCAGAUUCACUGAUUAUUGUGUUCCCAAUUAGCUGCAAAGCUAAAGACAUUUACACUAAAAUAAAGUUUUCAUUCAUGCUGAGGAAGUUGUCAGCGCUGAUAGGGUACUACUAAAAAAAUGUUGUUGUCCCCGUUUUAAGUCAAGUCGUAACUAAAAUUCCAGCUAGCAGCAUGGUCAAUUUGAAACAGUGAAAAGAUGUCAACAAAGUUGUCCCAAAGACAGUGUAGACAUGUUUAAUGUCAUGUCUCAGGGGCCCCACUCACAUAUUUUAAUGAGUCCGAAGGAGUUAUGGUAAAAUUUUUUUUUUUGUUGCGAAAACAACAGGGAUUUUUUUGGGUACUAGCAUUUUCAUCAUGGUCAAUUUUUGAAAAACAGUGACAUAAGAUAGAUUAAUCAUAAAAUUUGCUGAUGCAAAAACACUGUGGGAUUUUUGACAAAAAAAGUAGUGUAGACAAAUUCUGAAGUUGAUUUUUGAAAAAUGUCCUCUGUCGGACCCCCCCUCAUUAAAAUAUGAGGCUAGUGGUCACAAACUUCCCUUCCCUGGCUUUUAUGAGCAUGAUGCCCAGUUACUUUCAUAGGAAUCAAAACGAAAACAGGAUCAGAACAAAUUCCUACCCAUUCAAUUGCCUGCCUACUAAUUAACAAUUAUUCCACGAGGGCUUGUUGGCUAUGAGAUGGUACAAAGCCAAUGAGGGGCCUAGCGCCAAUUUGGCUUUACUCAUCUCAUAUCCAACAUUUGAGCGAGUGGAAAAAUAAUAUUAUUUCAUUUAUUGUUUUAUUCAAAACACCCACAAAAUAUCAAGAAUUCUUCCCGACUUCAUUUGUAAAAACAACUGAUUUUCAGCUUGUUUUUAAUUUUGAGCAGUCACAUGCAGUUACCAUUUAUGGAGAGCACGGUAUAAUGGCUCAUACCAUGAUGGCUAAGCCAAUCAGAGCUCUAGAAACGAAUUAUCCUAUGAUUCAGUUUUUAAUAAUACCCAUAUACAUGACAACGUGAAAUUUUAGUGACUGCCCCAGGGUACACUAGUAAAGCACUAACAAGGAUACCAGGCCUCUUCCCCUUCAGGGCCCACAGAGCGGAUUUUCAAGGGGGGGGCGGGGGGGCGCUAAUGCGAACGCGUAAGUGUGAGCAAACUAUGGGGGUCAGGGGGCAUGCUCUCCUGGGAAAAUUUCAAAUUUAAGUCUUCUGAAAUGGCUAUAAAUGGAUCUAAAACUGCCAAUUGUAAUAUAAAUUUGUAAAUGUUACAUCAGAUCUUAAAACAACAAGUUACAACCUGGCCCCCACGUUAGACCAAAAUUUAAAUGAAUAGACUUUGAAGCUAAACCCAACACAUGAUAUCGAUGAGCAUCACUUGCACAUUUUUAAGUCGGAUUCUCUGAAGGUGCCAAAGUUGCCUUUCCAAUUUUCAUUAUAUAAGAGCUACAGACUCACUGGUAACAGCUGCAAGACAAAGUUUGUCUGUUCUCUGUUUGUGGGUGUUCAGUAUCGUCAGAUUUCUUAACCUUGUUUGUGUGGUAAGUGACAGAUCUGAGUAACCAAAGUAAAAAAAAUAUUUUACCAUCCGAGAAAGUGGGGAAGCCCCACCCCCCUCACAGUCCCUGCACUAUGUGAAACGACGGGCAUUAAAAUUCAGACUGAGGGAAUAUUCACCCACUAUAUAAGUGGCCCUCUUCUCCUUUAUCUAGUUGUAAAAAACACAUGAAAGGCAGUAAUUGCAUCAUGUAGUUGAUGUCUUUAGAUAUAGUGGUCUUUAAGGUUUGUUAGAAACAUAUUAAUGUAUAAUGCAUUUUACCAAACCUUGACCUUUUUGUGUCAAAACAAGUUCCACCCCCAAUUAUGCUCCCCCCUUUUUCUGGCUCUUUAUUUCACCAGAACCCUUAAGAAAAUUGAGGACUUAACCUCUCUUUUAUAGAUAAAAACUUUCUGCACCCUUUUUGACAGUAGGGGAAUCUACUUUGGCAUAUUUGUUUGCAAAAUGGAAAAACUCCAUUUUCUGGACAGUAGUGUAGUAACAGAUAAAUAAACAACAGGCUAUGCUUUUGAUUGCUUUCAAAGGUUAUAUGCAUGAAAUAAUAUUGACUACUCUUUAGCGUGUCAGUUCAAUACCUGUCAACCUUUUGUUUUAAAAAAAUUAUUUUGGAAAAGUCAAAAUGUUCUUGUAGUUCUUAUGAAUAUUUACUUUUUACUACUUAUAUGUUUUUCUUUCUCAGAGUCUUUAUAGAGCAGAACUGACAUGAUUUCUAACAUCAUACAGGAUGUUCUCUCUGUUACCAAAAAUUUCUCACACAAUUCAUGGAUUAUAUUGUGACAAAUGGAAAGUUAUUAUAUUUUUAUAACCAAAAUACUGUAUUUCUGGAAAAAUUAGUGGUGAUGUAAUGACAGAAUUAAGUUGCAAGAGCUAGGCCAGCCAGUGGGGCAAAAUUAUAAUAAGUUAAGCACAUGGUUUAUCAGAACUCUUCAUGAUAAACCUUUUUUUUUCUCUGUUGUAGUUGUUUCUCAAAUAAUUCCAUAAGACUUUAAAUCUCCUCUGAGAUAAAAAUCUGCAAUUCCAACGUCACUUAGAACUUCCAGGAGAAUGACCUCGGUAAUUUUGUCUCGUAUGUUUGCACUUCAGCAGUUACUUUGAAAACCAAUUUCCUUAGCAUAACGUGAAUGUGUUUUGAAAUGAACUAUCACAUCAAAGAAUGUCGCUGAUUCAUCGUUUUUUGUAAUAGAUGUGACAUCAUCUAUAAACAUGGAUGCUGUUGUCGGUCGAGAAAACGCAGCAAUUUACUGGUUUAGCUUGCAUUUGGCCUGGUUUUGUACAAUGUUCCAUUGUCGAUUUACAAGGCCUUUGCAUUUUUGAAUGGUUCAUAUUUUUUAUUUUGUUUUUCACGAUGUAGUUGUUUGUUUUCGAGCACGUGUUUUGCAUCAAAACAACUGAUAGUGAAUGAAAUACAUUUCUGGGUGCGUUUCAAGAAAUUCAAUUUUGGUGGUCUAGCUAUGACUUGGCUAAAAAAGACAAAAAUCGAAUAGUAUCGUAUGUAAAAAGAUUUAUGGUAUGAAAUUCAGGAAGCUAUAAAAAUUGCAUGAGCUUCAAUCAAGUUCGGCUUGUAGAUCUCUAAAGUUUGUUAUGCAGCUUACAUUUGUUUACAUCUUGCACGUUUUCACGCUUUUCACACAUUCCGGUCCCCGAGGAAUUGACGAAAACAUACCGGAAAUACCAAACGAAACCGUCAUCUUAAUAUUUCGGUUUUUGAUUGGUCAGGUUCAGGUCACAUGAUUAAGAUUUCACCUUAUUUGGCAUUUAGCCAUCACGUUUGGCAAUUUUCCCGCGCAACCGACGACGAUCUUGCAUAAACAACAAAAAUACAGAGUAAUCAGUGUAUGGUAUCUCUGCUACGGAAAUAGCAGCUAAAUGUGGUUUAUCUCUUCUUUUCAAUCUUAGAACACGUUUUCCUCAAGAGGUCUUGGAUAUGGCAAGAUUCAGAAGGAGUUUUAUUGGGAUUUUGCUCUGUUUAUCGGCUUCUUUGGGAUAUUUUAAAACAAUAGGUAAGGAUGUUUCGCCUAUGCGGGGCGCUUGUUUUGUCGAGUUGUGAUUUUGUUAGUUGGGCAAAGAAGGGGUUUUAACAAUCUCGAUUUCCUUUUUUUCCCACAUAUUCACUGCACUUUUCUUUAUUUUGUUGACUUUAAUUCACUGUUUUGUUGUAGAGGUUUUGAGAACUGGGGAAAGAAAUUUAAAGGAGAGAGUUUGAUGUCAAAGCGUACCAUAUUCAAAACACAUUGCCCGGAACACAUCCUUAGUAAUCUUGUCUUCAUAGUAUCUCAAAAUCGCCCUGAUUAACGUUUAAAACUACCAAAGUAACAAAAUUAGUUUUCAUAGUUCACUGUACCUAGAUUUUAGCAAAUCAAGAAGAUUCGUUGCAGUCAAUUCACUUGCGUGGUGUGCAGCUCUUCAAUCUUGUUGUUCUAAAUAUGAAGCUUAAAUAAUCGACGACAUUACAUUUGAUUUCAGGUUUUCAGUGCCACAAAGAUCAGAUUCCUUGUGGCAAUAUUACUUGCAUCCCCCAAAAUUGGCGUUGUGACGGUGAUGCUGAUUGCGCGGAUGGUUCGGACGAACAAAACUGUCGUAAGUAGUAUUUCCAUUCCUUACUACUAUGAUGUGCGUACUGGUAACCCGUUUGUUUUGUGGUGCAACACAUUGCGUUAAGCGUUCGUGUUUUAUUUAAUCUUUCUUCUUCCCAUUAACUGCGUGUCGCUUUAUUAUUCGAAGUACCCCUCCUAUGUUCAGCGUAUAUGUAUAACACAGUAAAUUUUACGACUUUUCGAAGCAAGCAAAAGAACGCAAUUUAUGUUGUACGGGACCAUUCGCGAAACGACCGUCGUGUUCGUGAAUAGCUCCGUCGUGGAAAAACCUAAAUGACUGAAAAUCGCUCUAAACAAAUCUUUAUUGGGAAAGAAUAUGGAUCUAAGUGUUUUGGGAUUGACCAAGGAAAUAAAAUUUAGACUUUAAGCUUUCGUGCUCACAGAGAACGAGAUAAAACUCGAACAGUACGGAUUUUCAAACAACAUCAAUGUUGAGUCUGUGAUUUUGUUUGCCGUGGAAUUCAUAGGAUUUUUUAUUAUGAUCUCACUCGAAGUUUUCUGAUUAUUUUGAAAGAAUUUGUGAUGAAUCUCGGAUAGUGAAAUUCGCCUGUAAUUAAAGUAGGGAAUUUUAAGUAAUUUUUAGUUGUCUAAAACUAGCUUGUUUUUGUUCGUCAUAUUCGCCUGGUUAUUUGCAUACAAGACGUAAGCUUAGGCGGAACAUCACGCAUUUCUUGUUGUUCAUUGGCUGGCAUACUGAAAACACUGGUAAUACUACGGCUAUUUGUUUAUUUUGCCUUCACCCAAUGGGAUCUAUUUUCUCACGCGUAGUGUGGUUUUGUGCAAAACCCGGGACAAAAGCUUCACCGUCGUAUUCGCUAGUAGCUUCCCGACGCAAAUUUGCUUUGCGCGACGCAUGUUUUCGCUUGAUAAUAGUUGUCAGGGAGACUAAAAGCGGUUGGAAAUUGUUAUAAUAAUAAUGGAAAGAUAAGUGCGAAUGCUCCAAACUCCUUUAUUUAAGACGUUUUUAAGUUAGGAAACUCGAGUUAUUUGGAGUCUCACUAGACCAGAAGACGUUGUCUGGGAAAUAUAGACAGAAAAAUCUGCUCUGGUUGUCAACUCCAGGCUGAAAAAUUACAGUGAAGUUCAUGUAAAUUUGACAACAUUUCAGUCUUCCCCUAAAGCGAAUUGGAGUUUAAAGUAGCUUGAUAAUUAUUUUUGUGCUUACCAGCAAAGUUGUGAUUCUUUAAUCACCAACUAUAUUGUUAAACCUGAUUUUUACGCAAGUGUCGCCAUGAUAUUACUCCUGUCUCAGGAAAGCGGGUACUGCAUAGCUUAGAAUUUAGUUUCUUUUUUGCAAGUAAAAACAAACCCAUACAGGCACAGACUUAAACAAACAUUAUUGUUCUUUGAUAAAACUGUUGUUACUCUUAUAAGCCCCUUAUGUUCUCACAUGUUACGACAAGUAUUUUUGUGGGCUAUUCUUCUUUAAUUUUUGGUGGAUUCCAUGUUAAGCUAUCUGGGGUGAAAAUUGAGGAAAAAGUACUUAACAAUCAUAAAAUUGAAUAUUUGACUUUUUUUGACCUUGUGUUACCAAAGGUGUAGAGAUGAUCUCAGUGUGUUAUCAUAUUUUUCAGCGGAGAAAAGUUGUGAUCCACGUAAUUUCUUCAGAUGCAAAGUUUCUGGUCGCUGUAUCCCAAAGAGAUGGGUCUGUGAUUCAGAUGAUGAUUGUGGUGACAACUCUGAUGAGAAGAAUUGUUGUAAGUAAAUAAAGUGAACUACUUUGACUUUCACUCUUAAUAGUGCUUCAAGUCAAGACAGACAAAAGAUUUGGACUUUUUAUUCCUAACUGUUCAUAAUUUAUAUUCAUCAAAACUUUCAUUCUCGGUCAACUGGGUCAGUUUUAUUGGCAUUAAGAAGAAGACGAACCAUAACUCCAAACACAGGAACAUUUUGAUUAAGUUUUUAUGCUUACAGUGGAAGCUCUAGUAAGCAGACACACUCAUGGGAGAUGUAAGGGUUACAUGGCCACUUGUGGGAACUUGCCCAAUGACAAAUAAACAUUGGAAAUGCAAAAAACCGUUUGGUACUGUUGUUCCGAUAAUGGUGCAAUUCAGUAACAUGAAUAAAAUAGGCCACCUUCAGGAUGACGUCAUUUGAGUACAAUUACCAGAAUCCAUCUUGUUUAUGCUUUCUUAUUCAAAUUUGCCAGUCCCGUUGAGGUGUAAGAAACAGUAGCCCUAAUUUGCAUAAGAAAAGAACAAACUGAAGAAUUCUGGUAGUUGUAGUAAUAAAAAUAACGUCAUCAUGCAAGUUAUUGUCCUAUUCAAGUGGUGUUUUGAAGUGUAACCGGACAAAUCUGAAAUCUACAACUGCUAAUUGCAUUGAUCAACUUUCAAAUAAUAAAUUAAUUGAUGGAAUCUUGGAGGUUACUCUUGACCUGGCAUGACUGUGACGACAGCUCUGUAUGCUGGACAUGGUAGGUAACUUUUUUACAGUGCAACUUCUUGAACUGGGGCACUUUGAAGAAGAUUAUCCAAUCACAACUUUUUUUGAAAACAAAAGAUUCUCAAGUUUUUUGCAAAUGAACCUGACUUUGAGAGCUGCUUCUAUACCUGCCAACUCUCACGCCUUAGGCGUGAAUCUCACGUCUGCGGGUUGAAAACUUCGAUCUCACGCCGGCUCACGCUUGCGGGCCAAUUUCUCACGCCUGAUUGAAAAUUGUGAGUUGUUGCCAUCUUGCUUGACACAAUUUCCAAAAAUAUGUUAACUCAGACCCAUGUAAGGAACGAAAACCAUGUGUAAAAUGAAUAAAUGACAAUACCUUCCUCGCGAUCUCUGAUUUUUGAAGUGAAAAGCACUGGGAGCGAGCUGGCAUUUAUAUGCAUCCUAAGACUGGGACUGAGAAAUGCGAGGGCUGUUUCCGCUUUCGGCAGACUUCGGACGUCUUCGGAAGACUUCGGACUUCUUCGGGAAUCUUCGGAAAUGAUCAUGUGGUCUUCAAAAAUCCCAGCACUCCCAGGAUAAAAAUCUCACGCUUAUAUCUCAGAAAAAGUUGGCAGGUAUAUGCUUCCUGCCAGGUCAGGUAAGUUCACACGGUUUUAAAGUUUUCAAUGGUUGGAUAGUUGAACCUUGAAUUUUAUUGAUCCGUUUGCAAAAAAACUUGUGAAUCUUUUGUUUUUAAAAAAAGGUCAUGAUUGGAUAAUCUUCUUACAAGUACCCCGGUUCGAGUAGUCGCACUGUAAUUGUUCACAUACAUGUACAAAUGUAAGCUUUUAUUUCUUUUAAUUUGUAGUUCAAAGAGAAUGUACGUCAGCUGAGUUUGCGUGUAGUAAUGGACAAUGUCUUCCAUUAAAAUGGAAGUGUGAUCGAGACAAAGAUUGCCGUGAUGGUGGUGAUGAGGAAGGAUGUGGUAAGGGUGUCGUGAUAAACUUUUCACCAGGCGUAUGAGAGGAUGACUGAAACCUAUUUCUAACAAAAAAAAUUAAAACAGUGUCUGAAACUAAAAUGUUCAUCUGAUUUUAUAAAAUUUUUAGUAAAUUCAGAAAAUGGUCAGUUAAAGAAAGAUUCUUUGAAAAUAAAAUACAUAGAAACAUAAACACAGGUAGGAGCUUGAAAAAUAUCAUAUUUUGUGAACUUAUUUAUGUGCCUUGUAAUCGUGUAAAAAUUUGAAAUAAAAAUACCCCAAAAUCAAAUUAUUCAAAGUGCAAAAGCAACAGUGAAAACAGUUAGGAUACUUGAUCAUGAACAUGUGAUUUUAUGCAAUUCAAUUUGUUUAAGCCAUCCUCAUUCUUAAAACAGUUAAUAAUAUAUAAAAUGUGCUUUGUAAAAGGGAUGAAGUUGCAUGAUUUGCUUGGAAAUCCAAGUUUUCCAAAAAAACUGUUAUAAUACACAUUAGUGGAAAUAUUCAUUUUUUAUCUCAGGUAAUUUUUGUUUUUCUUUUGUUUUUGGGUAUGGUAAUGUAUGCUAAUGAAAUUGAAACAAAGGAAAAAUAAAAAUUACCUGGGAUAAAAAAUUAACUACAACAGAAAUAUUCAUAUUUUACAGGACAGUCACUAAAUUUGAGGGAGCGAAAUGGGAAAAUUAACCAGAGAUAUAGAGCGAUUUUCACAUGACGUUGAAAUGAAAACGUGCGAACAAAACAGAAACAACAAAUGAACACUUAAAGAGUGAUUUGAGUGGUUUAUCGAACUGACACAAGCGCAUGUGGCUUUUGGUUGGUUAAGCGAACACUCGGGUGAAAAAACUUCAAGUCCGAGAAGUUCUAAAAAUCAAUCAAUACCGUGCUUUGAUGUUAUACUGCAACAAGAUUGGCCAGUUGAACAAUGCAGCGUGCAAAGAAAGUAAUGUCCCAUAGCCUGUGGCUAGUGGAUUUUGCUAUCGGGCUAGUGAAUUCUGUUGUUAACUUGCCCGAUGGGCAAGUGAUGUUUUUUGAGCAAUUCGAAUAACAGAAGAACUAUGAAAUCAAUCCUGCUCGUCAAAAAGUGUCUGGGGCUAGUUGAAAUGACGUCUGGGCUAGUAAAUUCUAGCUUCAUCUUGCCCCAAUGGUGAGCUGUAAAAUGAUUUUCUUUGCACCCUGACAUUGCCUUCUCUACAUAAGGGUUUUCUUUGGCAGGAAAACAAAGAGUCCAUGUUUUGAUCUUUUCAUCCAUUGCCUUGGCUGAUAAAACAAGAAAUGAACACUUACCAAAAUCAUUUUUCAAAACUUACGAAGAUCGCUCUUUCGUGUGUUUGCGUUGUGUAAUUAGCAUGUUUCUGCUAGUAAAGUAGCAAGACAAGUUAAAGACAGCUCUUAUUUUCUUAUUUUAGACUCUUGCUAAAAAAGCUACUAUUGCGAGACGGAUUUCCAGGCAUAAUCGUCACAUAAUUAUGCAACAUGUUUCUGUUUACGUUAAUGUUGCAAUCAGUAUAUUUUUGCAUAAACUUAAUUUACAAAUAGUGCAAGCAUGCUUCAUGUGUAACUACCCAAUUAUAAAUGUAAUUUUUCUACCUUUGAAAAUAGAUUGAGUCUUGUGGUUUUAAAGUAGUUUUUGAAAGUGCUUGUUGUCUUAAUUUUUUGCAUAAUAGAUUGAAAAAAAUUAUUAUUUGUAUGAAAACUGACUUUUUGUUUUAUGUUGUCUGAGUUGCAAGGUGUAAAAAAGUGAUCUUCUUUCUCGACAUAUGUUGCUUUUUAUCAUGUUUAAGUUUUUGCUCAGGUAACAUUGAAAAAACUUCAUCUUGUAGUUAAAUUACAAUAAUCUCUCUUUGAUCUUUAUUAGAUAAAGCAUAAAAUCUUUAAAUUUUAAACUUUAAAUUGUUCCCUAAUUACCUCUCUAUGUCUGGUGUUUUUUUCUUGCAUUAAUGUGUUGUUUUCAUUUUUGUUCUAUUUCAACUAUUCUCUGAACAAAAGGAACAAUUUCUCCAGGUAAUAUCACUUGCAAUCCAGACCAGUUUACAUGUGCAAAUGGCAAAUGCAUUUCUCGAGCAUGGCGCUGUGAUCAUGAAGAUGAUUGUGGUGAUAGAUCAGAUGAACGGAAUUGCCGUAAGUUUGCUUGCCUAAAAAUAUUUAUUUAGCCCAGUGCUCAGUGUGGGCAACAUAGUAUGUCUAUGAAAAAUUAAGAUUUCCUAGUACCCCAAGAGCACAGCCCCGAGUUAACAACACGAUCCAACUGAAACAUCUGGGCCCAGUUGUUUAGAGUCUGAUAAGUGCUAACCUGGGGUCAAAUUUUAAUACAUUUAAAUGCAAUUUAAAGGAGUUAACAACUAAGAGUGCCUCAAGUGCCUGAGGUCAGCGGUCUUUGGCAUGCGCAUGCCUAGUAGCUGGCUACAUCGAUCAAGCGAUUCAUUGAUGCAUUUCAGUUUUCCUUCAUGCUAGGUUCUGUCAGCCAUUUUCUUCCGGGUUUCUUUUUCUCUUGUUCAGACACAUUUUCUGGGAUAGUUUUCUCCAAUUCUUUGUAAAGUACAUGAUGAACAAAUUGUGAACAAAGCGAAUUUGCUUUUUUAACUUUUAUAUCUGAUCUUGAAAGUCCCCCCCUCCCCCCCAUCCCUGGGUUAGCUUAAUCCAGCUUUGAACAAUCCAUCCCAGACUGUAUAAAUGCAUUUUUAGUCACAAAAGUUUCCAAGAUAUUUUUGUUCAGAAUAAUGCAGUGUGUUGGUUAUUCAUUAGUGUGAACCAUUUCAAAAAUUCUUGGCUUGCAAGGUAAGUGAUUCAAGUUGGCUCUAACCUUCUUUCUUAAUAUUUUUCAAUAGCUAAUAAGACAUGUACCCCAGAUCAGUUUACAUGCAGAAACAAAAAAUGCAUUAAGAAGAAUUGGACAUGUGAUGGUGACAAUGACUGCGGUGACAGCUCCGAUGAAGACGAUUGUCCCGUUACAAGUCCUACUUGUAAAAGUUCAGAGAAACUCUGUGAGGAUGGUCGCCAGUGUAUCCAUACCAGCUGGGUUUGUGAUGGUGAAGCUGAUUGUAACGAUGGUUCUGAUGAGAAAGGCUGCAACAGUAAGUACAUCUUGUCUGUUUAUAGUAGUGGUGUGUUAAUCAUCGAGUAUGAUCGACCAUUGAUCAAAAUCUUUAUGCAUUUUGAUAACCAAUUAUGGAAAAUUUUGAAUUUUCUCAUGUCACUGGAAAAAAUAAAAUUUCCUGUUGGUAAAUAAACAGAGUAAAACUUGUGUGUCUUUAAGGUUUUGAACACUAGGAGGGCAACUGGGUUUCACACUGAGGCAAAUAAUUAUGGAAAGGCCCUUGUGCAGCGGGGGGGGGGGGUGGUCUUGCCAAGGUCUGGGGACAUGCUUUGCUGGAAAAUAUUGAAAUUCUACAUUUGCAGAGAUUUGUUUUCCUGCAUUCUGAAGUUUGAGACAAUCUCUUUCAACUGCCAAAAAAAGAUAACUUUUCUACACAAUUUAAUCAUGAUUUGGAUACCUGCUCUAAGAUAAAAAUAGAUGGACUCCUUAUAAAGAGAUUUUCUGAUUAUAAUCAUUUGAUGAAUAUUCAGGUAGGUCAAUCUGAUUCUUUCUGAUGAUCAACUAUGACAUCUUAGGAGAUAUCCAAUGCUAGUAUGCAGCAUAGAACAGCAAGGGCUUCGCCCCUGAUGAAUAUAGGGUGGAAAGUCUUUAGGAAAUGUUCACCUUAAAACAUGUGGUUGGUCUUGUUUUUUAACAGAUUUCAAUUGCAGUGCUAAUCUUUUCACCUGUAACAAUGGAAGAUGUAUAGACAAUAGCAAGGUUUGCGAUGGCAAUGAUGAUUGCAACGAUAGAUCAGAUGAGCUGAAAUGCCGUAAGUGACGUGAUAUGUACCUAUUGUUCAGUGUAUAUGUAAGGUGAUGGUCACUGCAAUUAUUCUCCUUAACUGUACAGCACCAUUAAAUUGUUAUGAAAGCUUGAGAUUCACACAAAAUGUUAUUCCUUUUUCCCUGAAAAUUUUCUGUACAUUAUGUGCCUUAUUCUGUACAAAAGAAAUCUUUUUACAGUUUAUCUCGUCUUGAAAAAGGAAAAUUUAACUGUAAUAUUAGUCUCAAAAUCACAUAUCAUUUUAAUUUCCUGUAUUAUGCAGCUGAUAAACCAGGUUCACCGUGCAAGGAAGGUGAAUUCCAAUGUGGUGGUUCUAAACAGUGUAUUCCUGAGAGUAAAGUUUGUGAUGCCCACAAAGAUUGCACAAAUGGUGAAGAUGAACCCGCUUCUUGUGGUGAGUGUUGCUUAGAUGCCCUGGGGGUGGGUUUGUUUCGCUAGGAACUAAAACCUUUUGCCUGAGGCAUGUUUAGCUGCAUUUCAAACCUAUUCUGACUUUAGGCACCAAAAUUCCCUAUCCUAUCCUAUCCCAUAAACCAGAAACUCCAGUUCUUCACACGAGUUUUCAAUUUCAUUUACUAUAAAAGUGAUACCAAGCUUUAAGUAAAUCUAAUAAAACAAUAAUAUUGUCGAUAAUCCAAUUGUAAAGAAAGGAAAGAUGGCUAUAAAUUUGGAGAAAAAGAACCAUGACUAUUCAUGAGGUCUUUAUAAACAAAAUUGGUAACGUUCACCCUGAGAAUAACAGAUACUAUGACUCAAAAUGGCUGGCAAAAUUGUUUUGGGAUGGCAACUCGGUGAAUUCUUUUUGAACUGAUAGCUUGAGCUAUUCGAGCAGCUGACAGUUUUUUUGAAAGGUAUAGCUCAAGGUUGUUCAAAUGGCCGACAGUUCUGUCCAAUGGAUGCCUAUUCCAAUCAAACAGUUGAUGAACGGCUAUCCUUUCAAAUUAACAGCAAACUUUAAGGAACAUUUUCGCGUGAGGGGUCACACUUGUCUCUGUGUUUGUUUUUUAGGUUUUAAUGAAUGCUUGAAUUACAAUGGCCACUGUCAACAGAUUUGUAAUGACACCAAGACAUCAUACUUCUGCUCCUGUCUCCCAGGAUAUGAGGUAGACAAGGAAGACCCAAAAGGAUGCCAAGGUAAGUGAACCCUUAUUGUAGUACACUGCCAAGCAGCAUAGCCUAAAAUGUGUAAUCAGAGACUUCAAGUGGAAGAUUGUGCCUUUUUGGCAAGUUAGGCAGGAAAGGCUGGGGUAUCAACCCUUGGUGAGGUUGUCAUAGUUACCUCCCCUCCUCUCAGUUCUAAAAAAACUCUUAAAUUCUAGCUGUCCUUUAGGCAAGCAUCUCUAUGUUUUGCUCUCCCAGGGCAACCACCUGCUUGUCUGAGCAUGUGAUUUAGUUGGAGGAUGACUUGCCCAAGCUUACUUGCCAUUGGGCAAGUAAGAUUCAACAGUUACUUGCCAAGCAAGAAAAACUACUUGUCGACAGGACAGGAAUUUUUUUAAGCCUUUCCUAUCCUUCUGCUUUUCCUUCAUUUAAAGUAAAAAAUGUGUGUGUCUCCACAGAUGUUAAUGAGUGCAAAAUACCUGGAAUAUGUAGUCAAGUUUGUUACAACACUAAAGGGAGUUUUAAAUGCAUUUGCCGACUUGGCUAUAACUUGGAACCAGACCGCCGCAGUUGCAAAGCCAUUGGUAAGUACACAGCUAUUAUCUUUUCAUUAGGGAGCCAAACUCAACUUUAUGUGUGAAGAAACAUUUUUUGCCAGCAACAUUAUGAUAAGAAAUUUAUUUUUGAAAGGUCUCAUUGAAGGCUUUCAGCAAUUAAGGGCGCUUUCCAUUUGUCAGAACUGACCGGCCACACCAUUUCCGUCGAAAUGAUAAUUUUUCUUUUAAUAACAACUAUCCUGCCAGAUCAGUCAAAUCCUAAAUAGUAUGCAUGAAGGAGAACAUUUUUCAGCAAAAACCUUGUGGAAAUAGCCGAUUUCAUUUGCUUUGUGACUGAUCCAGCGGGCCAGUUCUGACAAAUGGAAAGCGCCCUAAGAUAACUACAUUAAGUGACUUCCACAUAAGAAACUAUCAUUCCAAAACACCAACAUCAGUGUGUCCAGUCAAAGCAGUAUGCACCUUUGAUUUCCAGUUAUGGAAUUCUGGCUGGUUUGUGGGAAGAAAUAAUUUCUUAGAUUGUCCUACAUCAGGAUUACAUUACAGAGCCAAUUCGGCUAAUUAUGUUUCACGUUGUUUCAUGUAUGUUUCCAUUUGUAGCAGUUUCAAAAAUGUUUUUGUUUUCCUCAGGCGGUGAUGGGUUUCUCAUCUUUGCAAACCGUCAUGACAUUCGACACCUGGCAUUUGACUCGUCAUACUAUGUAGAAUUGAUACCAGACCAAAAGGGUGCAGUAGCUCUGGAUUUUGACUUCAACAGUGGGUAUAUAUUCUGGACUGAUGUCAUUGAGGAAGAGAUAAGACGAGCAAAAAUGGAAGAAAACCCAACAGUGGAGGUCGUUGCCAACAUCAGUGUAGAUACCCCAGAUGGGAUUGCUGUUGAUUGGAUUAACAAGAAGUUGUACUGGACAGAUACCGGCAAUGAUAUGAUUGAGGUGGCUGACUUUGAUGGUACCAACCGGCUUCAAUUAAUUAAAACCGGACUGCAGGAGCCAAGGGCUAUUGUGGUGCAUCCCUUCAUUGGGUAUGUUGAAGAGUACUCCCUUAUAAACAUAUUGAAAUUCACAUUCCGUCGUAAGUCUAACACGGUAAAUCCUCUAUUAAGCCCUUGGGGUUGGGGGCUUUAAAGAGAGGUGGGAGUGACAGACUUAGGUGUUGUACAAGUGACUAUCAACAGUAUUAAGUCGCUUGUGGGAGCCUCCACAGAGAACUAGAGCGUAUAGCUGAAAAGGUUAAGCGCAUGAAGUUGUAGGUCAUGUGACCAAAGACCAAAGACAACAUGAACUUCCAGCCUCUCGCCUUGAAUAAACCAUAACUGAUCAGUCUACGUAAAUUGUUUGUGAAGAGUAAGGAUGGAGGUGGGGGGGGGCUAAUAGAGAGAGGGGGCUGAUUAACUUUCCUCCUCUAAAAAAAGGGGUGGCUUAAUAGAGGAUUUACAGUAAUGAAAUUUUUUCCCUUUGUCUUAGUUACAUGUACUGGUCAGACUGGGGUGCAACGCCCAAAAUAGAACGAUGUGGACUGAAUGGUGAUCUACAGACGAGAGAGGUGAUCAUCAAUACAAGCAUUUUGUGGCCAAAUGCACUGACCAUAGACUACACUAUCGACAGAAUCUGGUGGGCAGAUGCCAAGAUGCACACCAUAGAGUCUGCAGAUUUCCUGGGGAGAGAUCGUCGUGUUAUCUUAAGAGAGUCCAUCAAUCAUCCAUUUGCCGUAACGUUAUUUCAGAACUACAUGUAUUGGACCGACUGGGAGCAUGGUCAUGGCUCAAUUAACAGGGCUAACAAGUUCAAUGGCAAGGAGCGAGUGGUAAUGCAAGAAAGCUUGUACGACCCCAUGGACAUUCAUGUUUUUCACAAGCAGCGUCAACCUAUAGGUCAGUUCAUAACAAUUGCCAUGUUUUCACCAAAACUUGUUUAAAAAUGCAAGUUACAUAUUAUAACCUGCUUUUUGUGACACUAACAUUAGCAUCAAAGCAUUAUUUGUGGUACUAAUAAAUUGCAGUACAGCUGUAUUUGUUUCUCACCAUUUACCAGGUGAAAUUUCAGUUUCUUCUGAAAUUUUGAUUUUUUUUCUUGGGAUUGAAAGGCUUUACAGCAUGAUCUAAAGUUGUCUGGGACAGCACUGCUUAAUACUGAACCUGAUUAACUCUAUUUGUUUUGAAUAACAGGAGAAAAUCCAUGCCGUGUGGCAGAGCAUUAUGGAGGUUGCAGUCACAUCUGUCUCUUGGCACCAAAACCCUUUUACCCAGAUCAGUUUUCUUGUCAUUGCCCCCCAGGCAUCAAUCUCCUUUAUGAUUCCAAGACCUGCAACACAACAGGUAUUUACUGGUACUUUUUGACACUCAGCCAGGACAUUAAGGCUGGCUUUGUUUAUAUUCAUUCUUUGUCUUCACGAUGAAGCUUCUCUCCGUGUGUACUUUAGUUUUAUCGUUUUCUCGUGUCAAAGGUGAAGGUAGCAAGUAGUGAAUUAACUAAUAUGUAUCUGCCAAUCUUAAUUUUAAGCUUUAUCCUCUAACAAAUUGCAGUGGAUGAGUUCCAUGUUUGACAUUCAACUAGCUGCUUAUUCUAACCUUACUCUAUUCUUGAAACUACCAUGUAAGACCAAUUCAUAUUGUUGGUCUAAUCAGCAGAAAAUUUCAAUUUCUUGCAGUGUAGAAUUUUUAGUUUGUCUGAUGUUUGUGAUUAACAGUUGCUGUGUACUUACCACAGCUACUGGGUUGUCUCUUGUGCUGUGCUUGGGAAUUUUACAUGUACACUGUAGUAUCUGAUAUACAGUACUAGUGUAGCUGCUCGCUACUAUUGGGUGCAAAAAAGGCCUUGUAGUUUCAGAAAGUAAGCUUAACAACCCUUAUCAGACCUUCUCGCAAUUUUUCAUAUUAGGACUUUGGCAUUCCCCAGACAAUAGGCUGACCAGAGUUGCAUAUUAAUCAGUGCUUUCACACCUGUGCAAUAUACAGUGUGAUAAGUAAUUUUGUUUGCAUUUUAGCAUGUCUAAGAUAGAAAAGCGACAAAACUGAAAGGCUGUAAAAUAUGAUGUUUGUUUUAAAAGGAGUCAGUAAUUAUUUCUGAAUAUUCUACUUGAGCACCAAAGUAUUUAAAUGCAUAUGCCAAGUUGCCAUGUUUUUAGUAAGGUACACGUGUGGAACCUAAAUGUGCUAUUUAAGACUUCUAUGUGCUGGAAAAAUUAUUCUGGCAGAAUGUUUGAAUUUUAUGUUUGUGUCAUGCAAAUUAGAGAAUUAGUUUUCAAUUGCUGUCCAGCUGUUUGCAUCCUGCUGUGGUUGUUGUAUCCAGGAAGUUAGUCUUAGCUUUCUAUCCUAGACCAUAUUAUGGUGAGAGUUUUUGUCACUUGAACUUAAAAUAGGUGGACAAAAUCCUUUUGUGUCAUCAUUCAAAUGAAACCUCUUAGUCAGAACUUGUGCAUAUCGCUACAUUUUGGGAGGAUUUUGGUGAAAGAACUUGGCUCUUUUGCAUUACUUUUUUUUCACUUUGUCCUCUUCCAGAGUGAAAGGAUCAACAGUUGUUCAACUAACUAUAAACCUGUCAGUUGUAACAGAGCAAUUACUGUUUAAUUUUUGUUUUUCUGUGAAUUUCAUGUCUAAUAAUUAUGUUGACUUGUGACAACAUAAAAAAAAAUUACAAAAUUUUCCAUUGUAAAAGGAGCACUUGUUUAACAAAGCACACCUGUUUGACUCCUACUCGUCUCCAGGAAGUUCUCUCUUGUGUUUCACCUUAAUUUUAGUAGAAUUUUUAGAUCCUGAGGAUUGAAAUUUCUUACAUGUAUAUUUAAUAUUGCUUGUAUCUGAAUAUGUUAUGUGCUGAAUUUUUAAGAAAGAAAUUAUAACAAGUUACCAUCAAUUGAUUCGGAUGUGUUUCUGUGCUUCCUUCAUAGAUGCCUUUAAAUGCAAGGAUAAUUUUUGCUUAAAUGGUGGAACUUGUAAACCUGGCAAAGAAAACGUGAAACUUCCAUCUUGCAUGUGAGUUGAAAUGUUAAUCCCUUUAAAUUUCACAGAGUUCUAAUAAUGUGGUUAAAAGUGUCCCUCUUUUGUAGAAAUACAUGCACUCAACUGUGACAUGUACUUAGCUGAAAUCAACAUGGUUGUUAGUAUGUUGUUGGGGACUGUUUAUUCAAAGGGUUUCAUGGACAAUUUUCUGAAAUGUGGGGAGUUAGAAAGUUAUGGGUUAGAAGAGACAAUGGCAUCUCUUCUCCUAAGCCCGGUUCCUGAAAGGCUGAUCAGUGCAAAUACGGGAUUAAAAUUUUGUUCCAUUUUUGUAUUUUACCGUCCUAUGCAUUGCUUAGAGUAACAUUUUGUGCUAUCAUUACUGCAUCUCGGAGAAAAGGCUCAACAAUAUUAAUUAAGCUCAAGUUGCAUGUUCUUAGAUAAGAAAACCUUACCCUGUGCAUAAAAUUUAGCUUUAUCCUGGGUUAAAAGUAACCAUCUUUUGAGGAACUGAGCCCUGUUUGCCAUCCUGUUUUAGCUCAUCGGUAUUAAAUAAAAUCCAAUGUAUACAUGUUGCAGUUGUCCUCCAGGCAUUAAAGGACGUCGCUGCGGAAUGACACCACAUCCGUUCACAACAACCACCACACCAUCAGUUCAGAAAACACCUCAGGUGUUGGCCAGACAAGAGGAGGAGGAUGUUGGUGAGUUAAACAUAGAAUUAGUAUAGUAUUGUAAUGUUCUACAGUAAAAUCACGAGAAUUAUUGAUGUUUGCAAUGUCUAACUCUUUAGACAAGAAAAGAAGAGAUGUGUGAUGGGUUUAACCUUGUACAGUGUAUUAGGUUCCUUUAAACCAUUUGGAACACGAGAAUGAAUUUAAACAACAAAAUUACAUUGAUGUUUGCUAAAGAAAUAUGCCGGUUGCACUGACAAUUCAGUCUCUGUAUAUGGCUAUGUCGAGGAAGAUUUUCAGAAAAAGUGCAUGCUACAAUCCCGAAAGGUAUUGUGGGUGGUUUUGCGUUCACUCAAGUUCUUCAAGGAAAUUUGAACGAAUGGUAGGAGAGACCAUAGACAUAUGUUUGUGAGUGCUAAAGGAAAGCAGUAAAAGGAGGAUCAACAGCUACAGUGUAUUGAUCAUAUCCCAUAUUACCUUUCAGGAUAGUUGCAUAUACUUUUUUUGACAACUUUUCUCUCAAAAUAGCAGUGUUUCAUUUUAACUGUAGAAGUACACACAAUUUCCAAACCUCUUUGGGCUGGUUAUAACUGAUAAUCAAGAGGGCUGAGAAGAGUUCAAGAAAUAUUACUUGCUGAUUGCCGGGGAGGGGAGGUUUUGGUUUGAGAAGUUGAGGGUUGCAAAAAUUUGAAGUCUACUGUACAGCGAUUGGACAAACCCUUUUAUAGCGGGGGUUUAAGGGGGGAUAAUGAUGGAAUAAAGUAUAAAUGAGAUUGAGUGGUUGACAACGGAACUGAUUUUCUUUCCUUUACAUACUGAUAGAUCUUAUUGAGUUUUCUCUCUUUGUUUCCUUAGGCAUAACAAUAGGUGUUUCCAUAGCUGUUGUGAUUCUCAUUAUAGCUAUUGGUGUUGUUGUUGGAUGGCUAGUGUAUAGAAGGAUACAAAGAAAGUAAGUAUUUUGGAUAUGAAGUCAAUCUGCAGUUGCCAGAAACGUAUUAAACUCCUUAAUGAUGCACUGUUAGGGUUAAAUUCUGACAAGCGACAUGACCUUCAAACAGCAACAUGAGACAUGAAAUGGCAACAAAACUGCAACAGUGACUAGGGAAAUCACAAUUACAAUAGUAAAAUACCGACACCCACAUGGCCUUCUCUUCAAUUGAAUAAAGGAAGGCUUUUAAAAUUCAGAUUAGGGUCAUAUAUACCCCCCUCCACCCUCCCCCCCCCUUAAAGAGGACCUCCUUAAUCUGUUGGUGACUUGCUAAAAGCUGUGAUGCAUUUGUUUUGCAGCAAUCGCAAAUCAAUGAACUUUGAUAACCCUGUGUACAAGAAGACAACAGAGUCAAAUUCAAGUAGCUCACUGGAUAGAAUAAAUAUACAUUUUGGUGGAUACUCAAAUGGUAAAAGUCACAAACAGUCAUUACUGGUAAGUAAUAUAAUAAUAAUAUCAAUAAUAUAGUAAUAUAAAUAAUUUUUGCACUCUGUGGAUCAUUGAUAAACAUCUUGAAGCAACUCUUCAUUGGACUGGUCAUGCACAUUAAAAUAAUAAUCAGCUGUCACAGAAAUUGAAUAAAUUGGGGGUGAAAAAUUGAUUAUUAAAGAUAACAUGUAACACAUUGCAUUCUCUUCCUGGCUGUUACAGCAAGGCAGUUGUGGAGGUUUUGGAAAAUGUUACCCCAGAUGUAGUAAAACAAACCAUGAUGCCUUUUACGAGUAUUGUUUGAAAUUUUGCUUUGAAAUAGAGAAAUCCACUUACAUGGCUAAAACCGUGGUUAGGUAGAGUGUAGUGAUUUAAGCUUCAAAAGGUCAAUGAAAAAAUGGGUUUUUUGAUUUGGUAAAUUUGGUAAUUUGGUUAUGAUAUGAUGCUUUCCUUAAAAAAUAUUUUCAACUGUUUGGUAGUAGUAUAAGAGUAGAAUAAAAAGUCGAUUGAUUGCUUGCUUUUCAUUUCACUAAAAAAUUCUUUGUGUUGUUUUUUUAGGCUGCUUUCAGAAAUGAAGUUGAAGUGAGCAAUUGCUAG